CAACUAUGUUAGCACUUCUGAGCAGUCGUGCAUUCCCCGCCUCGCCUCGGGUGUAGGGAUUGCAAAAAACAAAACUACACUGUCAAGACUGUGUAGUUUUGUUUUUAUGGUUAGAGGCUCAUCAAUUCUCAUGCUGGGAUUGUCUAAAAAAAUCUUACUCUGGAUAAGGACGUCGUUCAAGAAGAUUUCGUUGGGCUUAGCCCACUCCUACAGGCACUUUGAGAUCUCAGAGUGCCUGUAAAGAUGACAACGAAAGCGCCAACAUUUACGCAGCCGUUACAAAGUGUUGUGGCACUGGAGGGUAGUGCCGCAACCUUUGAGGCUCAUAUUAGUGGUUUCCCAGUUCCUGAGGUGAGCUGGUAUCGGGAUGGCCAGGUUCUCUCUGCUGCAACUCUGCCCGGAGUGCAGAUCUCGUUUAGUGAUGGCCGCGCUAAACUAGUGAUCCCCUCCGUGACAGAAGCAAACAGUGGAAGAUAUACCAUACAAGCCACCAAUGGAUCUGGGCAAGCAACUAGUACUGCUGAGCUACUUGUUACAGCUGGAACUGCACCGCCAAACUUUUCACAACGACUACAGAGCAUGACUGCAAGGCAGGGAAGUCAAGUUCGACUUGAUGUGAGAGUGACUGGAAUCCCUACACCUGUGGUGAAGUUUUAUCGGGAUGGAGUAGAAAUCCAAAGCUCCCCCGAUUUUCAAAUUUUACAAGAAGGAGACCUUUACAGCCUAAUAAUUGCAGAAGCAUAUCCUGAAGACUCCGGCACUUAUUCAGUAAAUGCCACAAAUAACGUGGGACGUGCUACUUCAACAGCUGAACUGCUGAUUCAAGGUGAAGAAGAAGCCGUUCCUGCUAAAAAGACAAAAACAAUUGUUUCGACUGCUCAGAUUUCACAAACAAGACAAGCCAGAAUUGAAAAGAAGAUUGAAGCCCACUUUGAUGCCAGAUCACUUACAAGUGUUGAAAUGGUCAUAGAAGGUGCAGCAGCCCAACAGCUCCCACACAAAGCACCUCCACGAAUGCCUCCUCGACCUACAUCAAAAUCACCAACUCCACCAGUAAUUACUGCAAAAGCUCAAAUGGCACGACAGCAGUCACCAUCACCUGUAAGACAAUCACCAUCACCUGUAAGACAUGUCAGAGCACCAACACCCUCACCAGUAAGGUCCGUUUCUCCUGCUGGAAGAAUCUCUACUUCUCCUAUUCGACCAGUGAAAUCUCCAUCACCAAUCCGUAAAGCACAGGUAGUGACACCUGGGGCUGAAGUCCUUCCUCCUUGGAGGCAGGAAGGAUAUUCUGCAACCGCUGAAGCCCAGAUGAAGGAAACCAGAUUAUCCACAAGUGCUACUGAAAUAACAACUGAAGAAAGAUGGGAAGGGAGAUACGGGCUGCAAGAACAAGUUACUAUUAGUGGUGCCGCUGCUGGUGAGGUUGCAGCUGCUGCUAAAGAGGUGAGAAGGGACAGUGAAAAAACAGCAGCUGUUGCUACGGUUGUUGCUGCUGUGGAUCAAGCCAUGGUGAGAGAACCAGCUCCAAGUGUUGUAGAGCAAGCUGCUAAAAGGACAGCAAUGACUGCAGUCCAUGUUCAGCCUGUUCAGGAGCAGAUGAGAAAGGAGGCAACGGUACUAGUUACCAGUGAUAAAGCUACAAAACAAACAGUAAUAUCAAGAACUAGAGAAGGAAUUGUUACUUCACAAGAACAAAGGCACAUCUCUCGUGAAAAGGUAAGAAAAGAACCAGAGAAAACUCCAGUACCCACAGUAAUAAUUGCCACAGACAAAGCCAAAGAACAAGAGAGAAUAUCAACAGCUAGAGAAGAAAUAUCAGCCCGACAUGAGCAAGUACAUGUUUCUCAUGAACAAAUAAGAAGGGAAGAUGUGAAACCCUCUGUACCAAAGGUGGUGAUUACCACUGAUAAACCUAAAGCUCCAGUCUUAAUAUCAAAAAGUAAAGAAGGAAUUGCAACCAAACAAGAACGUGUGAGCAUAAGCCAUGAAAAGAUUAAAAAGGAAGCUAAGAAAACUACUGUAGUUCCGAAAAUAAUUGCACCAGUCACAGUGUCCAGAACUAGAGAAGAAAUUACAGCCAAGCAAGAAAAAAUGCAUCUAGCUUAUGAUCAGAUUGAAGCUGGAAAAAGGGCUGAAGCUGUAGCUACAGUUGUUGCAGCCGUUGAUCAGGCGCGUGUUAGAUCACCUUGGGAGACAGAGCAAGUAGAUGAAACUCAUGUCAAGCACAAAACUUUGGAAUAUGGCUAUAAAGAGCAUGCUGUAAAAGACCAUGAGGCACAAGCAGAACACCAUGUUGCUACUAAAGAAGUUAAAACGGUCUACAUUCCUCCUGAGAAACAUAUUCCAGCUGCUGAAAAGAAGGAAGUUCAUGUAUCAACAGAGAUUAAAAGAGAAACAGAAGCCAAGAUUGAGAAGACAAUCCACAUAGAACACCCGCGACCCCGCACAGCAAGUCCUCACUUCACUGUCUCCAAAAUUGCUGUUCCUAAACCAGAUCAUACGUAUGAGGUUUCAAUAGCAGGAUCUGCUAUGGCUACUCUGGAAAAGGAGUUAUCUGCUACUUCUGCUGCACAAAAGAUUACCAAGCCUGUGAAACCACCUCAGCUAAAGCCGCAUGAAGUCAAGAUAAAACCAGAGUCAGCUCCUCCACAGUUUCCCUUCACAGAGGUCGCUGAUACCUAUAAAACUCAUUAUGAUGUUGAGACGAAAAAAGAGGUGGAUGUAAGCAUUAAAGGUGAAGCAGUGCGGGAGGAUCACCUGCUGUUGCGGAAAGAGGGUGAAGCAAAGGUGACAGAAACUGCCAGAGUUCCUGUGCCUGCAGAAAUUCCUGUGACUCCGCCCACCUUAGUCUGGGGUCUCAAAAAUAAGACUGUGACUGAAGGUGAGUCUGUCACUCUGGAGUGCCAUAUCUCUGGUCACCCUCAGCCUACUGUGACGUGGUACAGGGAAGACUACAAGAUAGAGAGCUCAAUGGACUUCCAGAUCACUUUCAAAGCAGGACUUGCUCGCCUUGUGAUUCGUGAAGCCUUUGCAGAAGACAGUGGAAGAUUUACCUGCACUGCUACCAAUAAGGCUGGGAGUGUCAGCACAUCUUGCCACUUGCAUGUGAAGGUUUCAGAAGAAACUGAGACUAGAGAAACCAUUUCUGAGAAGGUUGUUACAGAAGAGAAAAGCUAUGUGGAGACAAAGGAUGUUGUAAUGGAAGAUGUCUCUGCCGAGGAAGUAUCGGGAGAACCCGUACCUCCUUUCUUCAUAAGAAAACCUGUAGUACACAAAUUAAUUGAAGGUGGGAGCAUUAUUUUUGAGUGCCAAGUAGGGGGCAACCCAAAGCCACAUGUCCUCUGGAAAAAAGGUGGAGUUCCUCUUACGACUGGCUACAGAUACAAAGUAAGUUAUAAACGAGAAACUGGGGAAUGCAAACUUGAAAUUUCCAUGACCUUUGCCGAUGAUGCCGGAGAAUACACUAUUGUCAUUCGUAACAAAUUUGGAGAAGCUUCUGCAACGGUCUCCUUACUAGAAGAAGCUGAUUAUGAGGCCUACAUAAAAUCCCAACAAGAAAUGAUGUACCAAACUCAAGUGACUGCAUAUGUCCAGGAACCUAAAGUGGCUGAGGUAGCCCCACCUAUUUCAUAUGGUGACUUUGAUAAAGAAUAUGAAAAAGAACAAGCCUUAAUUAGGAAGAAAAUGGCCAAAGAUACAGUGGUGGUCAGAACUUUUGUGGAAGAUGAGGAAUUCCACAUUUCUUCUUUUGAAGAAAGACUUAUCAAGGAAAUUGAACUCAGAAUUAUUAAGACAACCUUAGAUGAGCUCCUCGAGGAAGAUGGAGAGGAGAUGAUGGUUGAUAUUUCUGAAUCUGAAGCAACUGAAGCAGGAUUUGAUUUAAGAUUAAAGAAUUACAGAACCUUUGAAGGCACUGGUGUUACUUUCCAUUGUAAGACAACUGGAUAUCCAUUGCCAAAGAUUGCAUGGUACAAAGAUGGUAAGCGCAUAAGACAUGGGGAGCGCUACCACAUGGAAGUUCUGCAAGAUGGUAGUGCCAGUCUGCGUUUGCCUGUUGUUUUACCUGAAGAUGAAGGAAUCUACACAGUCUUUGCCAGUAACAUGAAAGGAAAUGCCAUUUGCUCAGCAAAGCUGUAUGUUGAGCCCCUUGCACCCACAGCAACUCCAGGUUAUAUGCCAGGACCAGAAGUUAUGAGAAGAUACAGAUCUAUUUCUCCACGCUCUCCUUCUCGUUCUCCUGCACGCAGCUCUCCUUCUCGUUCUCCUGCACGCAGAUUAGAUGAAACUGAUGAAGGACAACUAGAGAGACUAUAUAAGCCAGUUUUUGUGCUGAAACCUACAUCAGUCAAAUGUUCACAGGGGCAGACAGCAAGAUUUGACUUAAAAGUUGUUGGCAGACCUAUGCCAGAGACAUAUUGGUUCCAUAAUGGUCAACAAGUGGUUAAUGACUACACCCAUAAAAUAGUGAUUAAAGAAGAUGGUACCCAGUCAUUGAUCAUUGUUCCUGCUAUGCCUGAGGAUUCUGGUGAAUGGGCUGUAAUUGCUCAGAAUAGGGCAGGCAAAGCUUCUGUUACAGUCACACUGUCUGUGGAAGCUAAGGAGGAUCUAGUCAGACCACGCUUUGUGGAAAGGCUCAAGAAUGUUAGUGUAAAAGAGGGCUCUAGACUGCACAUGUCUGUGAAAGCAACUGGCAACCCUAAUCCUGACAUUGUGUGGUUGAAGAAUAGUGACAUCAUUGUACCACACAAAUAUCCCAGAAUAAAGAUUGAGGGAACAAAAGGGGCUGCUGCCCUUAAAAUUGAAUCCACCGUCAGGCAAGAUGCUGCAUGGUAUACAGCUACUGCCAUCAACAAAGCUGGGCGGGACACUACUAGGUGCAAGGUGAAUGUUGAAGUUGAACAUGCUGAACCAGAACCAGAAAGAAGAUUAAUCAUUCCAAAAGGGACUUACAAAGCCAAGGAGAUUGCAGCACCAGAGUUAGAGCCCCUCCAUUUGCGUUAUGGUCAAGAGCAGUGGGAGGAGGGGGAUCUUUAUGACAAAGAAAAGCAACAGAAACCAUUUUUUAAGAAGAAGCUCACAUCGUUAAGGCUGAAGCAAUUUGGACCAGCGCAUUUUGAGUGCAGACUUACACCAAUUGGUGACCCAACUAUGGUGGUGGAAUGGUUGCAUGAUGGCAAACCAUUGGAAGCAGCUAACAGACUCCGGAUGAUUAAUGAGUUUGGGUACUGUAGCCUGGACUAUGGAGUAGCCUAUUCCAGAGAUAGUGGUGUGAUCACUUGCAGGGCAACUAACAAAUAUGGUACAGACCAUACAUCUGCUACCCUGAUUGUGAAGGAUGAGAAAAGUCUUGUGGAAGAAUCUCAAUUGCCAGAAGGCAGAAGAGGAAUGCAGCGAAUUGAAGAGUUAGAAAGAAUGGCACAUGAAGGUGCUCUUCCUGCAGUUGCUAUGGAUCAAAAGGAGAAACAAAAGCCAGAGCUUGUUUUGGUUCCUGAGCCUGCAAGAGUCUUGGAGGGUGAAACAGCACGAUUCCGCUGCCGUGUCACUGGUUAUCCUCUUCCCAAGGUCAACUGGUACCUUAACAGUCAGCUCAUUCGUAAGAGCAAAAGGUUUAGACUCCGUUAUGAUGGAAUCCACUACCUGGAUAUUGUGGACUGCAAAUCAUAUGACACAGGUGAGGUGAAAGUCACUGCAGAGAAUCCAGAAGGCUUUAUUGAACAUAAGGUGAAACUUGAGAUCCAGCAGAGAGAAGACUUCAGAUCAGUUCUUCGUCGGGCUCCUGAACCCAGGCAUGAACCUGUAGUGACAGAGCCUGGAAAACUUCUCUUUGAGGUACAGAAGAUAGACAAGCCUGCUGAGGCAACAACCAAAGAGGUAGUGAAACUUAAAAGAGCUGAAAGAAUCACACAUGAGAAACUGUCAGAGGAAUCUGAGGAGCUGCGUAGUAAGUUCAAGCGAAGGACAGAAGAGGGCUAUUAUGAAGCCAUCACUGCUGUGGAACUUAAGUCUCGCAAGAAGGAUGAAUCAUAUGAGGAGAUGCUAAAAAAGACAAAAGAAGAACUUCUUCACUGGACCAAAGAGAUCCCAGAGGAAGAAAAGAAAGCCCUUCCUCCUGAAGGCAAAAUCACCAUUCCAACGUUCAAACCAGAGAAGGUUGAACUUAGUCCAAGUAUGGAAGCUCCAAAGAUAUUUGAACGAAUUCAAAGCCAGACUGUAGCCCAAGGCACAGAUGCCCACUUCCGUGUGAGAGUGGUAGGGAAACCAGACCCUGAGUGCCAGUGGUUCAGAAAUGGUGUGCAGAUUGAAAGGACUGAUCGUAUAUACUGGUACUGGCCUGAAGAUAACGUUUGUGAACUGGUCAUCAGAGAUGUGACUUCUGAUGAUUCAGCCAGCAUCAUGGUGAAAGCAGUCAAUAUAGCUGGUGAAACUUCCAGCCAUGCUUUCCUGUUAGUGCAAGCCAAGCAGCUAAUUAGCUUCAUCCAGAACUUACAAGAUGUUGUUGCUAAAGAGAAGGACUCCAUGGCAACAUUUGAAUGUGAGACAUCAGAACCCUUCGUGAAAGUUAAAUGGUUUAAGAAUGGAAUUGAGAUUCAUUCUGGAGAAAAAUACAGGAUGCACUCAGACAGAAAGGCUCAUUUUCUUUCUGUACUAGCAGUAGAAAUGUCUGAUGCUGACGACUACAGCUGUGCUCUGGUAGAAGAUGAAUCAGUAAAAACUACUGCAAAGCUUAUUGUUGAAGGUGCUGUGGUUAUGUUCAUUAAAGAACUUGAGGACGUUGAAGUCCCAGAAUCCUUCACAGGGGAACUUGAGUGUGAGGUUUCCCCAGAAGACAUUGAGGGGAAAUGGUAUCAUGGUGAUGUUGAACUCAGUUCCAAUCAUAAAUAUGUGCUUGCAUCCCGUCGUGGUCGCCGAAUCCUCACUAUUAAAGAUGUUAAUAAAGAUGAUCAAGGAGAGUAUAGCUUUGUUGUUGAUGGGAAGAGGACUCACUGCAAACUAAAGAUAAAGCCUCGUCCCAUGACUAUUCUUCAAGGACUUACUGAUCAAAAAGUCUGUGAGGGAGAUAUUGUACAACUUGAAGUUAAGGUCUCUCUAGAAAAUGUGGAAGGUGUCUGGAUGAAAGAUGGUCAUGAAAUUCAGUCAAGUGAUCGUAUUCAUAUCGUGUUGGAUAAACAGUCACACAUGUUGUUGAUAGAAGAUGCAACAAAAGAAGACAGUGGAACUUACUCCUUCAGCAUUCCUGGUCUUGAACUAUCAACCACUGGACAAGUUACUGUGUACAGUGUGGAAAUAAUAGUUCCUCUGAAAGAUGUUCAUGUAGUUGAAGGAACAAAGGCUAUCCUUGAAUGCAAAGUUUCAGCACCAGAUGUAACUUCCUCCAAAUGGUACCUAAAUGAUCAUCAGAUAAAGCCUGAUGAACGUGUACAAGCUGUGUGUAAAGGCACUAAACAGAGGCUAGUGAUUGCCAGAACCCAUGCAUCAGAUGAAGGACAUUACAAGUUAAUGGUUGGCAAAGUCGAAACAAGUUGCAACGUCACAGUUGAAGAAAUUGAGAUUAUCAGAGGUCUUCAUGACAUCACCUGCACUGAAACACAGAAUGUAUCUUUUGAGGUUGAGCUCUCCCAUUCAGGGAUUGAUGUAAUUUGGCAUUUCAAAGGGCAAGAGAUCAAGGCUGGUCCUAAAUACAAAAUUGAAGCACAUGGCAAAAUAUAUAAAUUGACAGUGGUGAAAAUGAUGAAAGAUGAUGAAGGAGAAUAUGUAUUUUAUGCUGGAGGGAAGAAAACAUCUGGAAAAUUGAUAGUGGCAGGAGGUGCCAUUUCAAAGCCUCUCAGUGACCUGACUGUAGCUGAGUCCCAGAGAGCUGUUUUUGAAUGUGAGGUGGCAAAUCCUGAAUCAGAGGGCCAGUGGCUAAAAAAUGGUAAACCAUUACCCAGGACAGAUCAGUAUCGUACUGAAACUGAUGGUGUUAAGAGGAGACUUAAUAUCCCUGCCACAAAGAUGGAUGAUAUGGGUGAAUAUAGCUAUGAAAUAGCAAGCUCAAAGACGUCUGCUAAACUGCAUGUCGAAGCUGUUAAGAUAAAGAAGACUCUUAAGAACUUGACUGUGACAGAAACACAGGAGGCAGUGUUCAGCGUAGAACUUACUCACCCUGAUGUGAAAGGAGCUCUGUGGAUUAAAAAUGGUGUUGAACUUGAAUCAAAUGACAAAUAUGAAAUUUCAGUGAAAGGAACAAUUCACACACUGAAAAUCAAGCACUGUGUUGUCACUGAUGAGUCUGUUUAUAGCUUUAAGCUUGGAAAGAUAGGAGCAAAUGCCAGACUUCACGUUGAAACUGUCAAGAUUAUCAAGAAGCCAAAGGAUGUGACUGCUUUGGAAAAUGCUGUUGUUUCCUUUGAACUGAGUGUAUCCCAUGAUACUGUACCAGUUCGCUGGUUCCACAAAAAUGUUGAGCUGAAACAAAGUGAUAAAUACAAGAUGAUAUCACAAAGGAAAGUCCACAAGCUGAUGCUGCAUAAUAUAUCUCCUGCUGAUGCUGGAGAAUAUACAGCUUUUGUUGGACAACUUGAGUGUAAAGCAAAACUAUUUGUGGAAACCAUACACAUCACAAAGACCAUGAAAAGUAUUGAGAUCCCUGAGACCAAAACUGCCUCUUUUCAAUGUGAAGUUUCUCAUUUCAACGUACCUGCUGUCUGGUUGAAAAAUGGUGUGGAGAUUGAAAUGAGUGAAAAGUUCAAAAUAGUGGUCCAGGGGAAACUCCAUCAGCUGAACAUCAUGAACACAAGCAGUGAAGAUUCUGCAGAAUAUACGUUUGUCUGUGGAAAUGACAGAGUCAGUGCAACUCUGACCGUAAAACCCAUCCUAAUUACCUCCAUGCUCGAAGACAUCAAUGCUGAAGAGAAAGAUACAAUCACAUUUGAAGUUACUGUUAACUAUGAAGGUAUCUCAUAUAAAUGGCUGAAGAAUGGGGUGGAAAUAAAAUCUACUGACAAAUGCCAGAUACGAACAAAGAAGCUCACACACUCACUCUCCAUAAGGAAUGUGCAUUUUGGUGAUGCUGCAGAAUACACAUUCGUUGCUGGAAAAGCAGCUUCAUCAGCCACUUUAUAUGUGGAAGCUCGUCACAUUGAAUUUAGGAAGCAUAUUAAAGAUAUUAAGGUUGUGGAGAAGAAGAGAGCCAUUUUUGAAUGUGAAAUUUCAGAACCUGAUGUUCAGGUCCAGUGGAUGAAGGAUGGACAAGAACUUCAGAUUGGUGAGAGGAUGAAAAUUCAGCGGGAGAAAUAUGUCCAUCGUCUUAUCAUUCCUUCCACGAAAAUGUCUGAUGCUGGUCAGUACACUGUAGUAGCAGGUGGAAACACAUCCAGUGCCAAUUUGAUAGUGGAAGGUCGUGACGUUCGAAUCAGAAGUAUCCAUAAAGAUAUUCAGGUCAUUGAGAGACAAAGAGCUGAAAUUGAAUUUGAAGUUAAUGAAGAUGACAUUGAACCACAGUGGUACAAGGAUGGCAUUGAGAUCAACUUCCAUUAUGAGGAAAGAUACAGCUAUGUGGUGGAAAGGAGAAUUCAUCGAAUGAGCAUCUCUGAAACCACUUACUCUGAUGCUGGAGAAUAUACUUUUGUUGCAGGACGGAAUAGGAGUUCUGUUGUUCUCUAUGUGAAUGCUCCGGAGCCACCUCGGAUUAUCCAGGAGCUACAGCCAACCACCGUGGAGUCGGGUAAACCUGCCCGCUUCUGUGCAGUGAUAUCAGGGAAACCCCAGCCCAAAGUUUCCUGGUACAAAGAUGAUCAACAGCUUUCUCCAGGUUUCAAGUGCAAAUUUCUUCAUGAUGCUCAAGAAUAUACGCUGUUGCUGAUUGAAACUUUCCCUGAAGAUUCAGCUGUGUACACAUGUGAAGCCAAAAAUGACUAUGGAGUUGCCACAACUUCAGCUUCACUUUCAGUGGAAAUCCCAGAAGUUGUUUCUCCUGAGCUAGAGGUACCAGUGUAUCCACCUGCUGUCAUGGUACCACUUCGUGAUGCUGUUACAUCCGAGGGACAGUCCGCUCGUUUUCAGUGCAGAGUUACAGGCACAGAUCUGAAAGUCUCUUGGUAUAGCAAAGACAGAGAGAUCAAGCCAUCACGUUUCUUUAGAAUGACUCAGUUUGAAGACACUUACCAGCUGGAGAUUGCUGAAGCUUAUCCAGAGGAUGAAGGCACCUACACCUUUGUAGCAAGUAACUCCGUGGGCCAAGUGACAAGCACUGCCACCCUGAAGUUGGAAGCUCCUGAAAAAAUUAUGUAUGAGAAGCUAGAGGAAGAGAUUGAAAUGGAAGUGAAAGACAUCUCUAGUUCUCUUACUGUGUCUUCUGAGGAAGGAAGAAGUGAAGGCUACAGCAGCAGCCUUCAGUUGCCCGAUAGAGAAAAAACACUUGAAUUUGAGUCUGAAAAACCAGUUUACUCCAGUCAAAGCAAGCAGAAAAUGGAGGAGGGGGGCAGUGCACCUGUUUUCCUCAGACAGGUCUCAGAUGUUGAAGUCUGGCAGGGAGAUGUAGCUAGGCUGUCUGUUACUGUUACUGGAAGCCCCACACCCAAAAUCCAGUGGUUUUUCAAUGGUGUGAAGCUAACCCCCUCCACAGAUUGUAAAUUAGUGUUUGCUGGAAAUGACCACAGCCUCAUCCUCCCCUAUGCAGGCAUGCAGGAUGAGGGCAAGUACACGUGCACAGCCAGCAAUGUGCAUGGUGAGGCCACGUGCAGUGCCCACCUCCACGUGCAGCAGCGGGCACAAGGGGCCCCUUGCUUUGCCAGGGUACCAGAGAGUGUGCAGUGUGCACCAGGUUUCACCGCUGUCUUUGAGUACACUGUAGCUGGGCAGCCAUGCCCUGAUGUGGAGUGGUUCAAGGGGAACGAGCAACUUUUCUUGGAUGCACGUUCCUUUGUGGCUCACCAUCCUGAUGGCUCAGGCUCCCUGACAGUGCAGGAGUGCACUGAGGAGGACACUGGGCUGUACAUCUGCCGAGCAGUGAAUUCACUGGGUGAGGCUGUAUGCUCUGCUGAGCUCCUUGUGCUGCCUGAGGAGCAUCUUGUGUGCAAUCAGAGUCCAGCCUUGCAGCACUCCAUGGUGACAGAGGACCAAAGUCCUACGUCCUAUGAGGAGGCCAGCGAGCUUCCCACUGCAGAAAGAGCCCUUAGCCUUGAGCCCAUGAGGGAACCCCAGGCUCUCCUCCAGCUCCAGAUGAGCCAGAUGGAGCACAUGCUGCCCAAGGAGGGCAUAUUACCUAGCCUGCCACCAACCUGCCUUGCUGUGCAGGGUGUUGAAGAAAUGCUGACCCAGGCAGCCACAACGCAGGAGAACAACAAGCUUCUGGCGGAGCUGGUUCAGACCCUCCCUGGUGGCCCCCAAAGUGUUUCACCUGAAGUGGCAACUGAAACACCACUGCCAGGCUGCCUUGGAACUGUGGCUGCACAGAUGUUCUUGCCCAAAGAGCAAGUCAUCCCAGAGGAGUUAGAACAGAUGGCUGCUCUGAAGACAGAAGUUUCCCAAGCCUUUCAACAGGUAUCAAGCACCACUGAGAGCUAUGUCAUGUAUGGUGACCACUUUCAAGUCGUAGAAGGCUUCCAGGCAAUGCAAGGAGAGCUAAAGGCUGAACCCAGAUUUCCCUCUGAAUUGACGUGCACAGAGGGUCAUGCUGUCCCCCUGGAGAACAUUUCUGCCCUGGAAGUGGCAGAGGAAGAUUUUGCUGCAAGAAUCCGUGAGGGACAGGCUGUGAGAUUUCCCUUACUACUAGAAGAAAACCAGCCUUUGGAGGAAGAACACGUUAUCAGUCUUGCUAGCCCACUUAAGCAGUAUUCCAAGGUAGGAAGACAGCCCUGUGAAAUGAUGUAUGCUAGCCAGUUCUGGACAAGCCAAGCCUUUACCAAAGAGAGCCAGCUCACUUAUCAGGUUCCCAAGAGCUGUCACCUAGAUAUAAAGUCCCAAAUCAGAGAUGCACUAAAAGCUGCAGUGGUAAGUGAGCAAAACCUCUUGUUUUCAGAGUGGUUGGCUGAUAAAGAAAGCAUUGAAGUACAGGCACUAAAAAUCACCAAGGAACAUAAAUAUGCCUUGUGCACCUAUGUUGUGACCGCAGGAGGACUCAAUCCCAUUGAAAUUCCAGUCUCUCUUGCAGAAGUCGACAUUGAGAUAGCUGACCAGAAAAAAGUAUUAAAGGAGGCUUUCUAUUCUCUUAUUUAUGAAGAAAAGCACCUCUUGACAGAUGAAAAACCUGAAGCAUUGCCAAGCCCUCCUCAUUCACUUAACUCAGGAAAAUCCAUUGAUGAAGCUUCUGAGCUGGAGCCCCAGCAGGCUGAGAGAACUAUAGAGGCAGAAAUACCCUUGGAACAGCCUUUAUCUGCUGAAGUAGUCAACAUUCUGAUGGAACAUGGCCAAAUCAAGGAUGUGGGGGCAGCGGCAGCCACUGCUGAUGUAGCCCCUGCAGGCGUUCCUGUUGAGAAACCCACAGAAAUACUGAAAAGGAAGGAGAAAAGGGAAAAAAUACAUGAGGAGGAGGGCAGAGAGGGUCUGGAAACUAAAGGUGUGAAUCUAGAGGAUGAGCUGAGUAAAGAGAAUUACCCUAUCAUACACAGCAAGCUGGUUAACACUAUUGUGGAGGAAGGGGAGAGUGUCACUCUGGUAUCUGUCAUAACAAAUGUCAGAGAGGUGAAUUGGUACUUUGACGGUAAACUGGUGUCUUCAGGCAACAAAUUCAAGUGUUUGCAAGAUCAAGACACAUACAAAUUAGUGAUCAGCCAAGUGUGUGGGGAGAUCCACCAAGGAGAGUACACUUGUGAGGCACUGAAUCAAGGUGGAAAAAGAACAACAACAGCAAAGCUCACAGUUGUUAAAAGAGUUGCACCAAUCCUGAGAAGAAGGCUUGAACCUCUGGAGGUGGCCGUAAACCACGUGGCCAAGUUUACCUGUGAAGUAGAAACUACUCCUAAUGUCAAGUUCCAGUGGUACAAAGCUGGCCGAGAGAUCUAUGAUGGGGACAAAUACUCAAUUCGCUCCUCCAACUACCUUUCCACGCUGGAGAUCCCAAGGCCUCAGGUUGUUGACUGUGGAGAGUAUAGCUGUAAGGCUUCCAACCAGCAUGGCAGCGUAAGCUCUACAGCCUUUUUAACAGUAACUGAACCGCCAAGGUUUAUUAAGAAACUAGACUCUUCAAGACUUGUGAAACAACAUGAUUCCACUAGGUAUGAGUGCAAAGUAGGUGGAUCUCCCGAAAUUAAAGUCACCUGGUACAAAGGAGAAACUGAGAUCCAUCCAAGUGAAAAAUAUAGCAUGUCCUUUGUGGAUUCAGUGGCAGUCCUUGAAAUGCACAACCUCAGUGUUGAAGAUGCUGGUGACUACAGUUGUGAAGCCCAGAACCCAGCUGGUAGUGCUAGCACCAGCACCUCACUGAAAGUGAAAGCACCCCCUGCUUUUACCAAGAAGCCUCAUCCAGUCCAGACCUUGAAAGGGUCUGAUGUUCAUCUGGAAUGUGAGCUUCAGGGCACACCUCCAUUCCAGAUUUCAUGGUAUAAAGACAAGCGAGAAAUUCGAAGCAGCAAGAAAUACAAGGUCAUGUCUGAGAACUACCUUGCUAGCAUUCACAUUCUCAAUGUGGAUACUGCAGAUGUUGGUGAAUAUCACUGUAAAGCUGUAAAUGAUGUGGGAAGUGACUCCUGCAUUGGCUCUGUAACACUGAGAGCACCACCAACCUUUGUGAAGAAGCUGAGUGAUAUCACUGUUGUGGUUGGGGAGACAAUUGAACUACAAGCUGCAGUUGAAGGAGCACAGCCCAUUUCUGUUCUGUGGUUAAAAGACAAAGGGGAGAUCAUUAGAGAAAGUGAAAAUCUUUGGAUUUCCUAUUCAGAAAACGUUGCAUCUUUGAAGAUUGGAAAUGCAGAGCCAGCCAAUGCUGGGAAAUACAUUUGUCAGAUAAAAAAUGAUGCCGGAUUUCAGGAAUGCUUUGCCAAACUAACAGUGCUCGAACCUGCAGUCAUUGUAGAGAAGCCUGGCCCAGUGAAAGUUACAGCUGGAGACUCUUGUACUCUGGAAUGCACAGUAGAUGGCACACCAGAGCUUACUGCUAGGUGGUUUAAGGAUGGGAAUGAAUUGUCUACUGACCAUAAAUACAAAAUCAGUUUCUUCAACAAAGUAUCUGGGCUUAAGAUCCUCAAUGCAGGACUAGAAGAUAGUGGAGAAUAUACUUUUGAGGUGAAAAACAGUGUUGGUAAAAGCAGCUGCACUGCUUCAGUGCAAGUUUCAGAUCGUAUUAUACCACCUUCUUUCACAAGAAGACUGAAAGAAACAUACGGUCAGCUGGGUUCUUCUGCUGUUCUGGAGUGCAAAGUUUAUGGGUCACCACCCAUUCUUGUUUCCUGGUUUCAUGAUGGACAGGAGAUUACCAGUGGAGACAAAUAUCAGGCUACCCUUACAGACAAUACUUGUUCUCUGAAAGUUAAUGAGCUUCAGGAAUCUGAUAUGGGAACUUAUUCAUGUACAGCUACUAAUGUAGCUGGAUCUGAUGAAUGCAGCACAUUUUUGAGUGUUAGAGAGCCACCAUCUUUUGUGAAGAAACCUGAACCACUUAAUGUUCUAUCUGGAGCAAACAUCACAUUUACAAGUAUCGUGAGAGGCUCUCCUCCACUGGAAGUUAAAUGGUUUAGAGGUAGCGUUGAGCUAGCACCAGGACACAAAUGCAACAUUACCUUGCAAGACUCCAUUGCAGAAUUGGAGCUAUUUGAUGUACAGCCACUUCAGAGUGGAGACUACACGUGCCAGGUCUCUAAUGAGGCAGGGAAGAUUUCUUGCACAACACAUCUUUUUGUCAAAGAACCUGCGAAGUUUGUGAUGAAGGUGAAUGAUUUAAGUGUAGAGAAAGGAAAAAAUUUAAUCUUGGAAUGCACAUAUACGGGUACUCCACCAAUUUCAGUGACGUGGAAGAAAAAUGGAGUAAUAUUAAAACAAUCUGAAAAGUGUAGCAUCACCACUACAGAAACUUCUGCCAUACUGGAAAUCCCUAAUAGCAAACUGGAAGAUCAGGGGCAGUAUUCUUGCCAUAUUGAAAAUGACUCUGGGCAAGAUAAUUGUCAUGGUGCAAUUACAAUACUAGAACCACCUUACUUCGUUACACCUUUGGAGCCAGUGCAGGUGACUGUUGGGGAUUCUGCGUCCUUACAGUGCCGGGUUGCUGGAACACCAGAAAUGAUUGUGUCAUGGUACAAAGGGGAUACAAAGCUGAGAGGAACAGCUACUGUGAAAAUGCACUUUAAAAACCAAGUUGCCACUCUGGUCUUCAGCCAAGUGGACAGCGGUGACAGUGGGGAGUACAUCUGCAAAGUAGAAAAUACUGUUGGGGAAGCUACUUCAUCUUCUUUGCUUACCGUUCAAGAGCGUAAACUUCCUCCUUCUUUUACAAGAAAAUUGAGAGAUGUUCAUGAAACUGUUGGCUUGCCGGUUACAUUUGAUUGUGGCAUUGCUGGUUCAGAACCUAUUGAAGUAUCUUGGUUUAAAGACAAUGUGCGUAUAAAAGAAGACUACAAUGUUCACACAUCCUUCAUAGAUAAUGUAGCAACUCUGCAGAUUUUGAAGACCGAGAAGAGCUUUAUGGGGCAAUAUACCUGCACAGCGAGCAAUGCUAUUGGAACUGCUUCUUCUAGUGGCAAACUUGUCCUUACAGAGGGGAAGACUCCUCCAUUCUUUGAUACCCCAAUUACACCUGUGGAUGGUAUUGUUGGAGAAAGUGCUGACUUUGAGUGUCACAUUUAUGGAACACAGCCAAUUAGAGUCACCUGGGCAAAAGAUAACCAGGAAAUUAGAACAGGAGGAAACUAUCAGAUCAGUUAUGUAGAAAACAUAGCCCAUUUGACCAUCUUGAGAGUUGACAGGGGAGACUCUGGAAAGUAUACAUGCUAUGCUAGCAAUGAAGUUGGAAAGGAUUCUUGUACAGCACAACUGAAUGUUAAAGAACGAAAAACUCCACCUACUUUUACUCGGAAACUGUCUGAAGCAGUAGAAGAAACAGAAGGGAAUGAACUUAAACUUGAGGGCCGUGUUGCUGGUUCUCAACCUCUCACUGUUUCUUGGUAUAAAAACAAUCAGGAAGUUCAUUCAAGUCCUCACUGUGAAAUAUCAUUCAAAAACAAUACCUUGCUUUUGCAUAUCAAGAGCGUAGGGCAAUCAGAUGCUGGUUUAUAUACCUGCAAGGUAUCCAAUGAAGCAGGAAGUGUGUUGUGUACAUCCUCUGUUGUUAUCAGAGAACCAAAAAAGCCUCCAGUUUUUGACCAGCCUCUUCAGCCAGCAGCAACAGAAGAAGGUGAUACCUUGCAGCUCAGCUGCCAUGUCAGAGGAUCAGAGCCAAUCCGGAUUCAGUGGCUGAAGGCAGGAAGAGAAAUAAGAGCUUCAGAAAGAUGCAGCUUCAGCUUUGCUAAUGGAGUAGCUCUUCUGGAACUUGCUGCAGUUACCAAAUCUGAUUCAGGAGAAUACGUGUGCAAAGCUUCAAAUGUGGCUGGCACUGACACUUGCAGAUCUAAAGUGACAGUUAAAGAAAAAGCAGCAGCUGCACCAGCAGCUAAGAAAGCAGACAUGGAAGGAAAACUUUAUUUUGUAUCAGAGCCUCAGAGUAUCAAAGUCAUGGAAAAGACUGUUGCAACAUUUAUUGCAAAAGUUGGAGGAGACCCAAUUCCAAAUGUUAAGUGGAUGAAGGGGAAAUGGAGGCAACUCAACCACGGUGGCCGCAUUAUAAUCCAGCAGAGAGGAGAUGAAGCCAAACUGGAAAUAAAGGACACAACAAAAACAGAUUCUGGCACGUACAGAUGUGUAGCUUUUAACCAACAUGGUGAAAUUGAGAGGAGUGUCAACCUGCAAGUUGAAGAAAGGAAGCAAGAAGUUGUUGAAGAGGAUGUCAGGGGAAAACUGAAAAGAAUUCCAACAAAAAAGAAGGAAGAUGAAGAGCAGACUAUCGAUAUCUUGGAACUUCUCAAAAAUGUUGAUCCCAAAGAAUACGAGAAAUAUGCUCGCAUGUAUGGAAUUACAGAUUUCCGUGGCCUCCUGCAAGCUUUUGAGUUACUAAAGCAGACCAGAGAAGAAGAAAGCCAUAGAUUGGAAAUUGAGCUCACAGAAAAGGCUCAAAAAGAGGACCAGGAGUUUGAAGAACUUGUAGCAUUUAUUCAGCAACGGCUCACACAAACAGAGCCUGUUACUCUAAUCAGAGACAUCGAAAAUCAAACAGUUUUAACAGAUGAAGAUGCUAUCUUUGAAUGUGAGAUUAAAAUUAACUAUCCAGAAAUUAAGCUUUCAUGGUACAAGGGAACUCAGAAACUGGACUCCAGCGACAAAUAUGAAAUUAAAAUUGAAGGUGAUCGCCACAUACUGAAAAUCAGAAACUGCCAACUUGAAGAUCAAGGGAAUUACAGAAUAGUGUGUGGACCACACAUUGCCAGUGCUAGACUAACUGUGAUUGAGCCUGCAGUUGAACGGCAUCUUCAUGACACUACUUUCAAGGAAGGAAACACAUGCACGCUGUCUUGUCAGUUUUCUAUCCCAAAUGCCAAGUCUCAGUGGUAUAGAAAUGGGAGGCCAAUUAAGAUAGGAGGGAGAUAUUCAACACAAGUCUCCGACAAAGUGCACAAACUCAUCAUCAAGGAUGUUAGAACAGAAGACCAGGGACAGUAUACCUGCAAGCUUGACAAUCUAGAAACAACUGCUGAUCUGGCCAUUGAAGCUGAACCAAUUCAGUUCACAAAGAGCAUACAGAACAUUGUAGUAAGCGAACACCAAUCUGCUACCUUUGAGUGUGAAGUGUCCUUUGAUGAUGCAGUUGUGACAUGGUAUAAAGGCCCCACUGAACUGAGAGAAAGCCCGAAGUACAGCUUCAGAAGUGAAGGUCGUUGUCAUUAUAUGACUAUUCACAAUGUUACUGCAGAUGAUGAAGGUGUAUAUUCUGUAAUUGCUCGUCUCGAACCAAGGGGAGAAGCAAGAAGCACUGCAGAGCUCUAUCUGGUAACCAAAGAAAUCAAACUGGAGUUGAAGCCUCCAGAUGUUCCUGAUGCCAAGGUAGCAGUUCCACCUCCAAAACCAGCUGAAGAAGCUGCCCCCAUUCCUAUUCUUCUGCCCCUCAUUACACCACCAGAGGAGAAAAAGCCAGAAAAGAAAGUUCCAGUAAAGAAAGUCUCGAAAAAGGUGGUUAAAAAGGGUCCCAAGGAAAUCCCACCACCUGAAGUUCCUGAGAUACUGCCAGAGAAGCCCAAAGAGGUCAAAAUAACAUCUAUGGCAAGGAGAGAAGAGAUUCAUGAAGAAAAAAUGGAAGUAUAUGAAAAACCCAAAGAAGUUUAUGAAGAAUGGGAAGAAGAUUAUGGAGAAGAUCAUGAUUAUUAUUUCAAGGAAGAAGGUUAUGAUGAAGGAGAAGAGGAAUGGGAAGAAACUUACGAGAGAAGGGAGGUGGCUUAUGAAGAAAAACAAAUCAUUCAUGAAGAAGUGGUGGAAGUUCCUAAGAAGCCUGUGCCUGAGCGAAAGCCUGCAGCAAUUACAGCUGAAAAGAAGGAAAAGAAAGAAAUUACAGUUCAUAAAGUUGUCAAGAAACCUGUUGAUGAAAAAGUUGAGAUUACCACUCAGAGGGUUGCAGAGGAAAAACUCAAACGGGCUGAGGUUACCAAGAAAAUCCCAUCAGCAAAACCUACACCAAUGAUCGUCGAGGAAAAGGUUAUGAAAAAGGAAGUACCGACAGUAGAAAGAUGGACUGUUUCAGAAGAAAAGAUGUCAGUUUCUGUCCGCAGAGAAGAAGAGUAUUCAUAUAUCACAGAGCCUACAGAGCAUGAGAAAACAGUUGAAGAAAGAUUCUUUGAAGCUGUUUACCCAAUUGAAGCACAUAAGGAAGUUGAAGAGGAGGAAGAACGAGAGGUCAUUUCUGAAGAACUGGAGACUCAUCACGUUGAAGUGCCUGAGAUAACAAAGAGGCAUGUCCCAGAAGAAAGAAAGCCUGUUCCUGUCCCAAAAGAAGCUCCACCUGCUAAAGUGCCUGAGGUCCCUAAGAAACCUGUUCCAGAAAAGAGAGUUGCUGUUGCUAAGAAGGAGGUGUCUCCCCCAGUAAAAGUGCCAGAGGAGCCCAAAAGAGCUCCCCCUGAGAAAAAAGUUGCUGUUCCAAAAAGAGAAGCAGCUCCACCCCCUAAAGCACCAGAAGUACCUAAGAAACCAGUACCAGAAGAAAAAUUGCCUCAGAUUCCUAAACUAGAAGAGGCUCCACCUGCAAAAGUGCCUGCAGUUCCUAAGAAACCUGUCCCUAAAGAAAAGGUACCUCCUGCUGUUCCUAAAAAAGUUGAGGCUCCUCCAGCUAAAGUGCCAGAUGUGCCCAAGAAAAUUCCAGAAGAGAAAGUACCCAUCACUGUGCCAAAAAAACCAGAACCAACACCAGCCAAAGAGCCUGAAGUGCCCAAGAAAAUAGAAGAGAAAAUCAAAGUUGCUGAGCCUAAAAAGCCAGAAGUACCACCAGCUAAAGAAAAAGUUAUUAAUAUUUUUCAAGUGCCUGAGGUACCAAAGAAAGUGGUCCAAGAAGAGAUUUCAGUUAAAGUACCAAAGAAACCAGAACCUCCACCAACUAAAGUGCCUGAGGUACCCAAGAAAGUGGUUCCAGAAGAAAAAGUACGUGUUGAAGUUCCUAAGAAACCAGAACCUCCACCACCUAAAGAACCUGAGGUGCCAAAGAAGAUUGUUCCAGAGAAGAAAUUACCAGAACCUGUGGCUGUACCUGAAAAACCAGAACCUCUACCAGAGAAAGCUCCUGAAGCAAAGAAGAAAGUUGUGACAGCAAAACCUGUUGAGGCUCCACAAUUGGAACCCCCACCUGCUAAAGUUCCUGGACUUGUAAAGAAACCUCGUAGAAUAAUUCCUGAAGUUACCCCUCCACCGAAAGAAGAAGUUGUUUUGAAAAGAGUUCUUAGAAAGAAACCAGAAGAGGAAGAACCUAAACCAGAGAAAGAACCUAAACCUGAAGUUAAACCAGUACCUACACCAGUAGAAAAAAUUAAGAAACCUGAAGUCUCAGAAGUUCCCAAGAAGAAAACUGAGAUACCUGUCAUUAAAAAGGAGGAGAAACUUGUUCCUGAACCACCAAAAGAACCUAAGCAGGCAGCUAUCUCAGUUCCUGGCCCUGAACCUAAACCUGCCGUAGCUUUAAAAUCUCCAAAACCAGCAGCAGAACCAGCACCAGCUGUUACUACUGCACCAGUGACAACUCCUGUUGUUGGAAAGAAAGCAGAGGCCAAGCCAACAAAAGAAGAAACUCCAAAGGGUAUCAGCCCAGUCAAAGCCAAGAAGACACCUUCACCAGCAGAUGCAGAAAGGAGGAAACUCAGGCCAGGUAGCGGUGGUGAAAAACCUCCUGAAGAACCUCCAUUCACUUAUCAACUCAAGGCUGUGCCACUGAAGUUUGUCAAGGAGAUGAAAGAUAUAGUGCUGAAAGAAGCAGAAUCUGUUGGGUCUUCUGCAAUCUUUGAAGUCCUUAUUUCACCAUCCACUGCAAUUACCAGCUGGAUGAAAGAUGGAAGUAACAUCCGAGAGAGCCCAAAGCACAAGUUUAUUGCUGAUGGCAAAGAUAGGAAACUGCAUAUCAUUGAUGUCCAGCUGUCAGAUGCUGGUGAAUAUACUUGUGUACUACGACUAGGGAACAAAGAGAAGACCUCUACUGCCAAACUCAUUGUUGAAGAACUCCCGGUACGAUUUGUGAAAACACUUGAAGAAGAAGUCACUGUGAUUAAAGGCCAGCCACUGUACUUGACCUGUGAGCUUAAUAAAGAAAGAAGUGUGGUCUGGAGAAGGGAUGGGAAGAUCAUCAAAGACAAGCCUGGGAAAUUUGCUCUGGGUAUUAUUGGUUUGUCACAUUCCCUCACCAUCACUGAUUCAGAUGAUUCUGAUGCUGGCACCUACACUGUUACCGUGGAAGAUACUGAACUCUCAUGCUCAUCUUGUGUUAAGGUAGUAGAAGUGAUAAGAGACUGGCUAGUAAAACCUAUAAGAGACCAGCACGUAAAGCCAAAAGGAACAGCUACUUUUACCUGUGACAUUGUCAAGGAUACACCAAACAUUAAAUGGUUUAAAGGCGAUGAGGAAAUUCCUGCUGAACCAACUGACAAGACAGAAAUCUUGAAAGAAGGAAACAAAAUUUUCCUGAAAAUUAAGAAUGCUGGCCCUGCUGAUAUUGGAGAAUAUUCAGUAGAAAUUGAAGGUCGCAGAUACCCAGCUAAACUGACUCUUGGUGAACGUGAAGUUGAACUUCUCAAGCCAUUAGAGGAUGUUACAGUUUACGAGAAAGAAACAGCAAACUUCGAUACAGAAAUAUCGGAAGAAGAUAUUCCUGGUGAAUGGAAGCUGAAAGGUGAAAUCCUGCGACCUUCACCUACAUGUGAAAUCAAAGCUGAAGGAGGAAAACGCUUCCUAACUUUGCACAAGGUCAAGUUAGAGCAAGCUGGUGAAGUCCUUUACCAAGCACUUAAUGCAGUUACUACAGCUAUCCUGACGGUGAAAGAAAUUGAAUUGGACUUUGCUGUUCCCCUAAAAGAUGUCACUGUCCCUGAGAAACGCCAGGCAAGAUUUGAAUGUGUCCUUACCAGAGAAGCCAACGUUAUAUGGUCUAAAGGCACUGAUAUACUGAAGAUUGGAGAAAAGUUUGACAUCAUUGCAGAUGGAAAGAAACAUAUUCUUGUAAUCAAUGAUUCUCAGUUUGAUGAUGAAGGAGAAUACACUGCUGAAGUUGAAGGCAAGAAGAGCACCGCAAGACUGUUUGUUGAAGGUGUGAGGCUGAAGUUCAUCUCACCUCUACAGGAUCAAACAGUGAAAGAAGGAGAAACAGCUCACUUUCAGUUUGAGCUUUCUCAUGAAGACAUGCCAGUGAAAUGGUACAAAAAUGAUAAGAGACUCCAUACAAGCAGAACUGUUCUUAUUUCUUCAGAAGGAAAAGUUCAUAAACUAGAAAUGAGAGAAGUAACACUUGAUGAUAUCUCUGAAAUCAAAGCUGUAGUCAAGGACAUGAACACACAAGCAAACCUCAAAGUCUUAGAGGCUGAUCCAUACUUCACUGUGAGAUUGCAAGACUACAGUGCUCUGGAGAAAGAUGAUGUUACUCUGCAGUGUGAGCUUAGCAAAGAUGUCCCAGUAAAAUGGUACAAAGAUGGUGAAGAACUAGUUGCUUCAAGCAGAAUUUCCAUAAAAACAGAUGGCUUGCGCCGUAUCCUAACAAUCAAGAAGGCUGCAGAGGGUGACAAGGGUGUUUAUGAGUGUAGCUGUGAAACGGACAAGACAAAUUGUAACAUUGGCAUUGAGCCUCGCUUAAUUAAAGUGGAGCGCCCGCUGUAUGGAGUGGAAGUAUUUGUUGGUGAAACAGCACGUUUUGAAAUUGAGAUUUCUGAGCCUGAUGUCCACCCAAUAUGGAAACUGAAGGGAGAGACCCUAACGCCUUCACCUGAAUGUGAAAUCAUUGAAGAUGGGAAGAAGCAUAUUCUCAUCCUUCAUAACUGCAAACUAGAUAUGACUGGAGAAGUGUCUUUCCAAGCUGCUAAUGCUAAAAGUGCUGCCAAUCUGAAAGUGAAAGAAUUGCCUCUCAUCUUCAUUACUCCACUAAGUGAUGUGAAGGUCUUUGAGAAGGAUGAAGCCAAGUUUGAAUGUGAAGUGUCCAGAGAGCCCAAGACUUUCCGCUGGUUAAAAGGAACACAAGAGAUCACUUCUGAUGAAAGAUUUGAAAUAAUUUCGGAUGGGACAAAGCAUGCUCUGAUUAUUAAAUCUGUUGCAUUUGAUGAUGAGGCUAAAUAUAUGUUUGAAGCUGAAGAUAAAAGAACAAGUGCCAAGCUAAUUAUUGAAGGUAUUCGCCUGAAAUUCAUUACUCCUCUCAAGGAUGUAACAAAAAAGGAGCGAGAAACUGCAGUGUUCACAGUGGAACUCUCUCAUGAAAAUAUCCCCGUUAUCUGGUUCAAGAAUGACCAACGGUUACAUACCAGUAAAGUGGUUUCAAUGACAGAUGAUGGCAAAUUUCAUACACUCACGAUCAAAGAUCUUACUAUUGAUGAUACUUCUCAGAUUAGAGUGGAAGCUAUGGGCAAAUCCUCAGAAGCUAAACUCACUGUUCUGGAGGGAGACCCUUACUUCACUGGGAAGCUUCAGGAUUACACAGCUGUAGAGAAAGAUGAAGUGAUUUUACAGUGUGAAAUCAGCAAAGCAGAUGCCCCAGUGAAAUGGAUGAAGGAUGGAAAACCAAUUACUCCAUCAAAGAAUGUUGUUAUUAAGGCUGAUGGUAAAAAGAGAAUACUUAUACUGAAGAAAGCUUUGAAGAAAGACAUUGGACAGUAUACUUGUGAUUGUGGUACCGAUCAAACCUCUGCUAACCUCAAUAUUGAAGACAGAGAUAUUGAAAUCAUCCGUCCACUAUACAGUGUGGAGGUGAUUGAGACAGAGACUGCCCGUUUUGAUAUUGAAAUAUCUGAGGAAGGUGUCCAUGGCAAUUGGAAGCUAAAAGGAGAACCCCUGACUGAAUCACCUGACUGUGAAAUCAAGGAGGAAGGCAAAAAGCACUUUCUUACCUUGUACAAUGUACGUUUAGAUCAAGCUGGGGGAGUAGAUUUCCAAGCAGCAAAUGCCAAAUCUGGUGCUCACCUUCGAGUGAAACCUCGAGUAAUAGGCUUGCUGAGACCUCUCAAGGAUGUAACAGUGACAGCUGGGGAAUCUGCAACUUUUGAUUGUGAACUCUCUUACGAGGGAAUCCCAGUAGAGUGGUACCUGCAAGGAAAGAAACUGGAGCCCAGUGAUAAGGUUGUCACACGUGCUGAAGGGAGAGUUCACACACUUAUUCUUAGAGAUGUCAAGUUAACAGAUGCCGGAGAAGUGUCACUGACUGCAAAAGAUUUCAGAACUCAAGCAAAUCUUUUUGUGAAAGAACCCCCAGUUGAAUUUACUAAACCACUUGAGGAUCAGACUGUCGAAGAGGAGGCCACUGCAGUACUGGAGUGUGAAGUUUCCAGGGAAAAUGCAAAAGUGAAAUGGUUUAAAAAUGGAGAAGAAGUUCAUAAAACAAAGAAGUAUGAUAUCAUUUCUGAAGGCAGAGUCAGAAAACUCAUUAUCCAUGGCUGCACACUGGAUGAUGCAAAAACAUAUACCUGUGAUGCCAAAGAUUUUAAGACAUCAUGUUUUCUCAAUGUUGAACCUCUUCGUGUUGAGUUCCUGAGGCCACUAACUGAUCUUGAAGUUAAAGAAAAAGAGUCUGCUCGGUUUGAAUGUGAAAUUUCUCGGCCAGGUGUCAAGGUGAAGUGGUUCAAGGAUGGCAUUGAAAUUAGAAAAGGCAAGAAGUAUGAUAUAAUUUCCAAAGGGGCAGAACGCAUUCUUGUUAUUAGUAAAUGUCUCUUUGAUGAUGAAGCUGAAUAUGCCUGUGAAGCCAAAACAGCUAGAACUUCUGGCCUACUUACAGUGAUAGAGGAAGAAGCUGUUUUCACAAAACAUCUUCAUGAUCUUGAAGUAAAUGAAAAUGAGACUGUAAGGUUGAUCUGUGAAGUCUCAAAGCCUAAUGCUGAAGUUACUUGGUUUAAAGGAGAUGAGGAGGUGCCUGAUGGUGGUAGAUUUGAAUACAUUUCUGAUGGCCGAAAGAGAAUUCUUGUCAUACGUAAUGCUCAUCCUGAGGAUGCUGGCAAAUAUACUUGCAAACUACCAAGCUCUAGUACAACAGGAAAACUUACUGUACAUGAACUUGCUGCAGAAUUUCUUACCAGACCACAAAAUCUUGAAGUUCUUGAAGGAGACAAAGCUGAAUUUGCCUGUUCAGUAUCCAAAGAGGCAAUUACAGUACAAUGGCUGUGGGGUGACACAGUCCUGGAACCUGGUGAUAAGUAUGACAUCAUUUCAGAUGGCAAAAAGAGGACACUUGUGGUUAAAGACUCCAUUAUAGGAGAUGCAGGAAAGUACACUGUCAAGGUUGGUGAAGCUAAAGCUACAGCACGCCUGACAGUGAUUGAAAAACUCAGGAUUGUAACUCCCCUUAAGGACCAAGAAGUUAAUGAGGGUCAAGAAAUUAUCUUCAACUGUGAAGUAAAUAAAGAGGGUGCCAAAGAGAAGUGGUACAAAAAUGGCGAGGCAAUAUUUGAUAGUGCAAAAUAUAUUAUUGUCCAGAAGGAUUUAGUUUAUACUCUCCGAAUCAGGGAUACACAGUUGAAAGAUCAAGCAACAUACAGUAUCUCACUGUCAAACCACAGAGGGGAACAUGCCGAGAGCUCUGCUGCCUUAACAGUAUUAGAGGAGGAUCUUAGAAUUGUUGAACCCCUUGAAGACAUUGAGACCAUGGAAAAGAAAACUGUCACAUUCUGGUGCAAAGUCAAUCGUCUUAAUGCAACUCUCAAAUGGACAAAGAAUGGUGAAGAGAUCACCUUUGACAAGCGUGUUCUGUAUAAAAUUGAUAAAUACAAACACUCACUCAUCAUUAAAGACUGUGGCUUUAAAGAUGAAGGUGAAUACACUGUAACUGCUGGACAAGACAAAUCUGUUGCAGAACUUCUCAUCACAGAAGCACCAGCAGAUUUCAUUGAACAUCUCCAGGACCAGACCGUCACUGAAUUUGAUGAUGCUGUCUUUACCUGCCAGCUUACCAAGGAGAAAGCUAGUGUAAAAUGGUACAGAAAUGGCAGAGAAAUCAAAGAAGGCAAAAAAUAUCAGUUUGAAAAGGAUGGAAAUCUUCACAGAUUAAUCAUAAAAGACUGUAGACUAGAUGAUGAAUGUGAAUAUUCCUGUGGAGUGGAUGACAGAAAAUCUAGGGCAAGACUUUUUGUCGAAGAAAUCCCUGUGGAGAUUAUUCGACCACCACAAGAUGUUUAUGAAGCUCCUGGUGCAGAUGUGAUCUUUAUGGCUGAACUAAACAAAGAUGGUGUGGAAGUCAAGUGGCUGAGAAACAACAUGAUUAUCAUCCAAGGUGACAAACAUCAAAUGAUGAGUGAAGGAAAAGUCCAUAGGCUGCAGGUGUGCGAGAUAAAGCCUCGUGACCAAGGAGAAUACAGAUUUAUUGCUAAAGAUAAGGAAGCAAGAGCUAAACUUGAAUUAGCUGCUGCACCUAGAAUCAAGACUGGUGAUCAAAACCUAGUGGUUGAUGUUGGGAAGCCUUUAACUAUGACUGUUCCAUAUGAUGCCUACCCAAGAGCAGAAGCUGAAUGGUUGAAAGAGGAGGAAAGUCUACCAACAACAACUGUUGAUACAACAACUGACUGUACUACCUUCAAAAUUUAUGAAGCAAAGAAAUCAGAUAAAGGAAGGUACAAGGUUGUACUUCGAAACAAACAUGGACAGGCAGAAGCUUUCAUCAAUGUAAAGGUCAUUGAUGUUCCAGGGCCAGUUAGAAACUUGGAAGUCACUGAAACUUAUGAUGGUGAAGUUGGCCUUGCCUGGCAAGAACCAGAAAGUGAUGGUGGAAGUAAAAUCAUUGGCUAUGUUGUUGAAAGGCGUGAUAUCAAGCGUAAGACUUGGAUUGUGGCCACUGAUCAUGCUGAAAAUUGUGAAUACACUGUUACUGGACUUCAGAAAGGAGGUGUUGAGUACCUCUUCCGUGUAAGCGCACGGAACCGAGUGGGUACUGGUGAACCAGUAGAAACAGAGAGACCUGUGGAAGCUAAAAGCAAAUUUGAUGUUCCUGGUCCUCCUCAAAAUGUAGAAGUUACUGAUGUGAAUAGGUCUGGUGCUACGCUUACCUGGGAAGUUCCUGAGUAUGAUGGAGGAUCUCCAAUUACUGGCUAUGUUAUUGAACUGCGUAACAGAGGUUCCAUCAAAUGGGAGCCAACUAUGACCACUGGAGCUGAUGAACUGUCAGCUGUCCUGACUGAUGUUGUGGAAAAUGAAGAAUAUUUCUUCAGAGUUAGAGCUCAAAAUGUAGUUGGAGUUGGCAAACCAAGUCAUCCUACACGUGCAGUGAAGAUUAUGGACCCAAUUGAGAGACCAAGUCCUCCCAUUAACCUUGAUCAUUCAGAUCAAACAAAAACAUCAGUGCAGCUCACAUGGGAGCCUCCACUCGAAGAUGGAGGAAGUCCAAUCUUAGGAUAUAUUAUUGAAAGGAGAGAAGAAGGAACAGACAAAUGGAUCCGCUGUAACCCAAAACUAGUACCAGCGCUUACUUUUAAGGUGACUGGAUUGAAAGCAGGGUCUAGCUAUUACUACAGAGUCUCAGCAGAAAAUGCAGCUGGGGUGUCUGAUCCAGCUGAGGCUAUUGGACCAUUAACUGCAGACGAUCCUUCUGUUGGACCUACAAUGGACCUAAGUGCAUUUAAAGAUGGACUAGAAGUUAUUGUUCCAGAGCCAAUAAAGAUCCAUGUUCCUAUCACUGGCUACCCUAUUCCAACUGCCACAUGGUCUUUUGGUGAGCAAGUCUUAGAAGAAGGUGAUCGUGUAACAAUGAAGACCACUGCUGCCUUUGCAGAACUUGUAAUUACUCCAAGCGAACGUCCAGACAAGGGAAUUUAUACCUUAACAUUAGAAAACCCUGUAUCAUCUGUUUCAGGAGAAAUCAAUGUUAACGUCAUUGCUCGCCCAGGUGCUCCAAAAGAACUUAAAGUUGUAGACGUAAGCAGGAGUACAGUACAGCUGUCAUGGGAACCUCCAGAAGAUGAUGGUGGAAGUCCAGUUAUUGACUAUAUAAUUGAAAAACGUGAAGUAAGCCGGAAAACAUGGAUCAAGGUUAUGGACCAUGUCGUGGACCAAGAGUUCUCUGUACCUGACCUCAUCCAAGGGAAAGAAUAUUUAUUUAGAGUUUCUGCACGCAAUAAGUGUGGCCCAGGAGAGCCUGCAUAUAUUGAUGAACCCAUAAAUAUGUCAGCACCAGCAACGGUGCCCGAUCCACCUGAGAAUGUUAAAUGGAGAAAUCCAACUUCAAAAGGAAUCUUCCUAACAUGGGAACCUCCCAAAUAUGAUGGUGGUGCUCGCAUUAAGGGCUAUCUGGUAGAAAAAUCACAACGUGGCACAGAUAAGUGGGAGAUAUGUGGGGAGCCUGUUAUUGAAACAAAAAUGGAAGUAACAAAACUUAAGGAAGGAGAGUGGUAUGCAUAUCGGGUUAAGGCUUUGAACAGAAUAGGAGCAAGCAAGCCAAGCAAGCCAACAGAUGAUAUUCAGGCCAUUGAUGCGAAAGAGGCUCCAGAAAUUUUCUUAGAUGUGAAACUGCUCGCUGGACUCACUGUGAAAGCUGGAACUAAAAUUGAGCUGCCGGCCAAAAUAACUGGAAAGCCUGAGCCCCGAAUUACUUGGACCAAGGCCGAAAAAAUACUGAGACCUGAUGAUAGAAUCACUAUUGAAACGAAACCUGGUCAUUCUACAGUCACUAUUACAGACAGCAAGAGGAGUGACAGUGGAACCUACAUUAUAGAAGCUGUAAAUUCCAGUGGACGUGCUACAGCUGUUGUUGAAGUUAAUGUUCUUGAUAAACCUGGUCCACCAGCUGCAUUUGAUGUAUCAGAAAUCACUAAUGAAUCCUGCCUUCUGACAUGGAAUCCUCCCCGAGAUGAUGGAGGUUCUAAAAUUACUAACUAUGUCCUUGAGAAAAGAGCUACAGACAGUGAAAUAUGGCAUAAAUUGUCAUCAACUAUCAAGGACACUUCAUUCAGAGCUACCAAUUUAACUCCUCAUAAGGAAUAUGUGUUCCGAGUCAGUGCUGAGAACAUGUAUGGUAUUGGGGAGCCAGUACAGUGUAACCCCAUCAUUGCAAAAUAUUCCUUUGAACCACCAGGCCCUCCAACAGGUCUCAAGCCUAUAGAGGUUACCAAAGAUUCAGUGACCCUAACAUGGAAUGAACCAGAUGAAGAUGGUGGCAGCCCCAUUACUGGCUACUGGGUUGAGAGAUACGAUCCUGAGCAGGAUAAAUGGAUAAAAUGCAAUAAAAUGCCAGUGAAAGAUACAACAUUCAAAGUUAAAGGUCUUACAAAUAAGAAGAAAUACAAGUUCCGUGUCUUGGCAGAGAAUCUUGCAGGACCUGGAAAACCAAGCAAGGAAACAGAGCCAAUCUUAGUGAAAGACCCAAUUGAUCCACCAUGGCCCCCUGGAAAGCCAACAGUGAAAGAUGUUGGCAAAACGUCAUUAUUUCUGAACUGGACAAAGCCAGAACACGAUGGAGGGGCAAAGAUUGAGUCUUACGUCAUUGAACUGUUAAAGACUGGAACAGAUGAAUGGGUGAGAGUGGCUGAAGGAGUGCCCACAACUGAACACUUUCUCAAAGGACUUAUGGAGAAACAAGAAUAUUCAUUCCGUGUAAGAGCUGUGAACAAGGCUGGAGAGAGUGAGCCUAGUGAACCCAGUGACCCUGUGCUGUGCAAGGAGAGGCUGUUUCCUCCUUCUCCUCCUCGAUGGCUUGAGGUUAUUAAUAUUACUAAAAACACAGCAGAUCUUAAAUGGACAGUGCCAGAAAAAGAUGGGGGCUCCCCAAUUACCAACUACAUUGUUGAAAAGAGAGACGUAAGGAGAAAAGGCUGGCAGACUGUAGAUACAACAGUGAAAGAUACCAAGUACACAGUGAGCCCGCUGACUGAAGGCUCAUUGUAUGUCUUCCGUGUGGCUGCUGAAAAUGCCAUUGGGCAAAGUGACUACUGUGAAAUUGAAGAUUCAGUGCUUGCUAAAGAUACUUUCACAACCCCUGGGCCUCCAUAUGCUCUUACAGUAGUUGAAGUGACAAAAGGUCAUGUUGAUUUGAAAUGGGAACCACCUAAGAAUGAUGGUGGCAGACCAAUUCAAAGAUAUGUUAUUGAAAAGAAGGAAAAACUAGCCACCCGCUGGGUAAAAGCUGGCAAGACAGCUGGUCCAGAUUGCAAUUUCAGAGUGACUGAUGUCAUCGAAGGUAUAGAUGUACAGUUCCAGGUUCGUGCAGAAAAUGAAGCUGGCUGUGGUCAUCCCAGUGAACCAACUGAUCUCAUUCAUAUUGAAGAUCCAACAAGCCCUCCUUCACCUCCUCAGGAUUUACAUGUCACAGAUGCAGGUCGAAAUCAUAUUUGCAUUGCAUGGAAGCCACCAGAGAAGAAUGGUGGAAGUCCUAUUAUUGGGUACAACGUUGAGUUGUGUGAAGCAGGAACAGAAAAAUGGAUGCGAAUCAAUUCUCGUCCAAUAAAAGAUCUAAAAUGCAAAGUGGAGGAAGGUGUUGUUCCAGACAAGGAAUAUGUGCUGAGAGUCAGAGCAGUCAAUGCUGUUGGAGCCAGUGAGCCAUCAGACGUCUCAGAAAAAGUUGUUACCAAGGACCCGGACUGUAAUCCAACCAUUGAUCUAAAAACUCGUGAUAUUGUUGUUGUUAAAGGACAGAAAUUAAGUAUCCCUGUACCCUUCAGAGCUGUUCCAUCCCCAACAAUCACAUGGCACAAAGAUGGCAAAGAGUUAAAAGCUGGUGACAGAACAACGAUGAAGAGUGACUACACUUCUGCAUUGCUUGAAGUCAUAGAGAGUGUUCAUGCUGAUGCUGGCAUUUAUACAAUUACACUGGAAAACAAACUGGCAUCAACAACUGGCUCUGUCAACGUCAAAGUCAUUGGUCCACCUGGACAGUGUAAAGACAUUAAGGCAAGCGAAAUAACUAAGAAUUCUUGUAAGGUAACCUGGGAACCUCCAGACUUUGAUGGUGGUACUCCUAUUCUGCAUUAUGUUCUGGAACGCAGAGAAGCUGGUCGUAGAACAUAUCUCCCAGUAAUGUCUGGUGAAAAUAAACUCUCAUGGCAUGUCAAAGAUCUUAUCCCAAACAGUGAAUAUUACUUCCGUGUCAAAGCUGUUAAUAAAAUUGGAGGAGGUGAAUAUCUUGAACUAAGAAACCCAAUUAUUGCAGAAGAUCCAAAACAGCCUCCAGAUCCUCCUGUUGACCUUGAGACCCAUAAUCCAACAUCAGAAUCAGUAACUCUUACAUGGAAACCACCACUGUUUGAUGGUGGAAGCAAGAUUAUGGGCUACAUAAUAGAAAAGCUUGCUAAGGGCAAGGAUGUAUGGGAAAGAUGCAAUGAAUAUCUGGUACCUCUAUUAACCUAUCCAGUGAAAGGUCUUGAGGAAGGGAAGGAAUACCAAUUUCGUGUUCGUGCUGAGAAUGCUGCUGGUAUUAGUGAGCCUUCUCGGAUUACUCCUUUUGUGAAAGCUGUGGAUCCCAUUGAGGCUCCCAAAGUCUUCCUUGCUGCAAACCUGCAGUCUGGUCUUGAGGUGAAGAAAGGUGAUGAGAUCAUACUUGAGGCACAUAUUUCAGGAUCACCUUAUCCAUCUAUUACUUGGCUGAGGAAUGAUGAAGUUAUCAGACCAGAGGAAAUCAAAAGGAGAGUAACCACAUAUACUAGGAAGAAGAAGGGUGUAACUGAAGAAGAGGAACCUUUUCAGCUUUCGCUGCCAGAACGUAUGAGUAUUGACAACCAUAAAAAAGGAGAGUCUGUGCUAUCAAUUCGUGACUCCAUCAGAGCUGACCAUGGCACAUUUACAAUUAAAGUGGAAAAUGAUCAUGGUGUUGCAAAAGCGUCCUGUGAAGUUAAUGUGUUAGAUACUCCUGGGCCUCCAGUCAACUUUGUAUUUGAAGACAUGAGGAAAAAUUCUGUCAUUUGCAAGUGGGAGCCUCCCCUUGAUGAUGGUGGAAGUGAAAUCCUGAACUAUGUACUGGAAAAGAAAGACAACACAAAAGCUGAAAUAGGCUGGGUUACUAUCAGCUCAACACUCAGGCACUGUCAAUUCCAUGUAACAAAACUGAUUGAAGAGAAAGAAUAUCUCUUCCGUGUAUUUGCUGAAAAUAGAGUUGGAGCAGGGCCACCAUGCGUUUCAAAACCAAUGACAGCAAAAGAUCCUUUCUCUCCACCAGAUCCACCUAACAAGCCUAAUGUGGAAGAUGUUACCAGCAACAGUAUGUUGGUUAAAUGGAAUGAACCGAAAGACAAUGGCAGCCCAAUCAUAGGAUAUUGGAUUGAAAAACGUGAAAUUAAUGGCACUCAUUGGGCUCGAGUCAACAGGAAUCUUGUGAAUGCUCUGGAACUAAAAGUUGAAGGACUAUUGGAAGGAUUAACCUAUAUCUUCAGAGUUUGUGCUGAAAAUGCAGCUGGUCCUGGUAAAUUCAGUCCACCAUCAGAUCCAAAAACUGCACAGGACCCAAUAAUGCCACCUGGUCCACCCAUUCCAAGGGUUGCUGAUACAACCUCAGUUUCUAUUGAGUUAGAAUGGGAACCUCCUAUGUAUAAUGGUGGUGGAGAUAUCACUGGUUACCAUGUAUACAAACAAUUAAUGGGAACAAAAGAAUGGUCUCGUUGCACAGAGAAACCCAUUAAGGUCCGGCAGUAUACUGUGAAAGAAGUCAGAGAAGGUGCAGACUAUAAACUUCGUGUUACUGCACUUAAUGCAGCUGGUGAAGGACCACCUGGUGAAACUGAACCUGUAACUGUUGCAGAACCCCAAGAGCCUCCUACUGUUGAGCUGGAUGUUUCUGUCAAAGCAGGCAUUCAGAUCAUGGCUGGGCAAACAAUUAAAAUUCCUGCUACUGUGACAGGGCGUCCUGCUCCCACCAUUGUAUGGACUGUGGAGGAAGGCGAAUUGGACAAAGAUAGAGUUGUUAUUGAAAAUGUUGGCACAAAAUCAGAAUUAACCAUUAAGAAUGCAUUGAGAAAAGACCACGGAAGAUAUGUAAUUACUGCAACAAACAGUAGUGGUUCCAAAUCAGCGGGGACCAGAGUAGAAGUAUUUGAUGUUCCUGGACCAGUACUUGACCUAAAGCCAGUGGUCACAAACAGAAAGAUGUGCUUGCUUAACUGGUCUGAUCCUGAAGAUGAUGGAGGCAGUGAUAUCAUAGGCUUUAUUGUUGAACGGAAAGAUGCCAAAAUGCAUACAUGGAGACUAGCUAUCGACACAGAAAGAUCUAAAUGUGAUAUUACAGGUCUAGUUGAAGGGCAGGAAUAUAAAUUUCGUGUCAGUGCCAAGAACAAGUUUGGUACCGGUCCAGCUGUUGAAAUAGGACCAAUUCUUGCAGUUGAUCCAUUAGGUCCUCCAACAGCACCUGAGAGAUUCAUGUACACAGAGAGGACAAAGUCAACCAUUACACUUGAUUGGAAGCCUCCACGUAGUGACGGUGGUAGUCCUAUCUUAGGAUAUAUUGUCGAGAAGAGGAGGCAUGAUUCAAAAGACUAUGAAAGAGUGAACCCAAGGCUCUGUCCAACCACAUCUCUUCUCGUUGAAAAACUUGAUGAACUCCAUAUGUAUGAAUUCCGUGUCAAAGCUGUUAAUGAGAUUGGAGAGAGUGAACCAUCAUUGCCCCUCAAUGUAGUUAUACAGGAUGAUGAAGUACCUCCCACUGUAACAUUACGCUUAGCUGUGAGAGGAGAUACUAUCAAAGUGAAGGCAGGAGAGCCAGUUAAUAUUCCUGCUGAUGUGACUGGACUGCCAAUGCCAAAGAUUGAAUGGGACAAGAAUGAAGUUUUAAUUGACCAAACAUCCAGUGCACUUAAGAUAACAAAAGAAGAAGUAUCAAGAAGUGAGGCAAAAACUGAACUUACCCUGCCUGCAGCCACAAGAGAUGAUAAAGGCACUUACACUGUGAGAGCUACCAAUCGUCUUGGCACUGCGUUUCGCAAUGUGCAUGUUGAAGUGUAUGAUCGUCCUUCUCCACCAAGAAACCUUGCUGUUUCUGAUAUUAAAGCAGAAUCAUGCUAUUUAACAUGGGAUGCACCUCUUGAUAAUGGUGGUAGUGAAAUUACCCAUUACAUUAUUGAGAAACGUGAUGCUAGUAGGAAGAAGUCAGAGUGGGAAGAAGUCUCCAACAGUGCUGUGGACAGAAGAUAUGGGGUGUGGAAUCUUGCAACAAAUGAAAAAUACCAAUUUAGAGUCCGGGCUGUAAACAAAUAUGGAAUAAGUGAUGAAUGCCUCUCAGAAAAGGUUGUGAUUAAGGAUCCCUAUGGCCUUCCUGGACCUCCUGGAAAGCCCAAAAUUUUAGAGCACACUAGGUCAUCAAUGCUGGUGGCAUGGGAGCCUCCUUUGGACAAUGGUGGCAGCCCAAUAACUGGCUAUUGGUUGGAGAAGAGAGAGGUGGGAGGUGUCUACUGGUCACGAGUUAAUAGGGCUCCAGUAACGAAACCGUCAGUAAAGGGUUUACAGUACAAUGUGCUUCGCUUGGCUGAAGGUGUUGAAUAUCAGUUCAGAGUUAUGGCUGAAAAUCUUGCUGGAAUUGGCCCACCCAGUGAACCAUCAGAUCCUGCUUUAGCAGCAGAUCCUAUAUUUGUGCCUGGCCCACCAUCUUGUCCAGAGAUCAAAGACAAAACCAAAUCAUCUGUAUCUCUUGCGUGGAAGCCUCCACAAAAGGAUGGUGGUAGCCCAAUAAAAGGAUAUAUUGUUGAAAUGCAAGAUGAAGGUAGUACUGACUGGAAAAAGGUGAAUGAAGGAGACAAACUCUUUCCCACUUGCGAAUGUGUUAUUCCCAAUUUGAAAGAGCUCAGAAAAUACCGAUUCAGGGUGAAAGCUGUAAAUGCUGCUGGAGAAUCAGAACCAAGUCCUGCAACAUCUGACAUACCUAUCCAAGAUAUUUUAGAGGAACCAGAAAUCUUCCUUGAUAUUGGAGCACAGGAUUUUCUCUCUUGUCGUGCUGGCACAACAAUUAAAAUCCCAGCUGUUAUCAAAGGUCGUCCAGUUCCAAAAUCAUUUUGGGAAUUUGAAGGAAAAGCAAAGACAACAGCAAAGGAGGGAGGUCAUAAUGUACCUGAAGAAGCUCAGGUGGAAGCAACUGAUACACGUUCAGUGAUAAUCAUCCCUGAGUGCAACAGAAGUCAUUCGGGACGAUACAGUAUUACAGCAAAAAACAAAGCAGGACAAAAAACAGCACAUAUCAGAGUCAAUGUUCUUGAUGUCCCAGGUCCACCAAAAGACCUAAAAGUAAGUGAUAUCACAAGAGGUAGUUGCAAACUUUCAUGGAAGAUGCCAGAUGAUGAUGGCGGAGAUAGAAUCAGAGGAUAUGUUAUUGAAAAAAGAACUAUUGAUGGGAAAGCCUGGACAAAAGUCAAUGCAAACUGUGGAAGCACUUCCUUUGUUGUGCCUGAUCUCAUAUGUGGUCAAGAGUAUUUCUUCCGGGUACGUGCAGAAAACCGUUUUGGUGUUGGCCCACCUGCAGAAACUAUCCAACGAACCACAGCCAGGGAUCCAAUCCAUCCUCCUGAUCCACCUAUUAAAUUGAAGAUUGGCCUUGUAACCAAGAACACAGUGAGCUUGACGUGGAAACCUCCAAAGAAUGAUGGUGGAGCUCCUGUUACUCAUUAUAAUGUUGAAUGUCUCCAUUGGGAUCGUACUGGAGAAGUAAAAGAGACUUGGAAACAGUGCAAUAGACGUGAUGUGGAGGAAACAAAGUUUACUGUUGAGGAUCUUAUAGAAGGUGGUGAAUAUGAAUUCAGAGUCAAGGCUGUAAACAUAGCAGGUCCUAGCAGGCCUUCAGCUACUGUUGGUCCACUUGUUGUCAAAGACCAAACAUGCCCACCAUCUAUUGAACUCAAAGAAUUUAUGGAGGUUGAAGAAGGAACAGAUGUUAACAUUGUGGCCAAGAUAAAGGGCAUACCCUUCCCAGCACUAACUUGGGAAAAAGCUUCUCCAAAGAAACCGGAUGACAAAAAGCCAGUGUCAUAUGACCAACAUGUCAACAAGAUUGUUGGUGAAGAUUCUUGCACUUUAUUGAUUCAGCAGUCUCGCAGAAGUGAUACAGGUUUAUAUACUAUAACAGCUGUAAAUAAUUUGGGAACUGCUUCAAAGGAGAUGAGAUUAAAUGUUCUGGGCCGUCCUGGACCUCCAGUGGGCCCAAUUAAGUUUGAAUCCAUUUUGGCUGACAAAAUGACAAUAUCGUGGCUUCCUCCGUUAGAUGAUGGUGGUUCUAAGAUUACAAACUAUGUUAUUGAGAAAAAAGAAGCAAAUAGGAGAACGUGGGUACCAGUUACAAAUGAGCCCAAGGAAUGUUUAUUCACUAUUCCCAAGUUGAUGGAAGGCCACGAGUAUGUGUUCCGCAUUAUGGCACAAAAUAAGUAUGGUAUUGGAGAACCUUUGGACAGUGAACCAGAAACAGCAAGAAACCUUUUCACUGUUCCUGGACCAUGUGACAAACCAACAGUUAGCAGUAUAACACGUGACUCUAUGACUGUAAAUUGGGAAGAACCAGAACAUGAUGGUGGCUCUCCUAUUACUGGUUACUGGUUGGAGCGCAAAGAAACUACUGGAAAGAGAUGGACCAGGAUUAAUCGUGACCCAAUCAAACCUAUGGCACUCGGUGUUUCAUACAAAGUUACUGGUCUUAUUGAAGGUUCUGAAUAUCAAUUUCGUGUAUCGGCUAUUAAUGCAGCUGGUGUUGGACCACCAAGCAUGCCGUCUGAUCCAGCAAUUGCUAGAGACCCUAUUGCCCCACCUGGCCCUCCUAUUCCAAAAGUUACUGAUUGGACGAAAUCUUCUGUGGACUUGGAGUGGACUCCACCAUUAAAGGAUGGAGGCUCUAGGAUCACUGGGUACAUUGUUGAGUAUAAAGAGGAAGGAAAGGAAGAAUGGGAAAAGGUAAAGGAUAAAGAAAUCAGAGGAACCAAGUUUGUUGUGGCAGGAUUAAAAGAAGGGUGUUUUUAUAAAUUUAGAGUAAGGGCAGUGAAUGCUGCUGGCAUUGGAGAGCCUGGAGAAGUCACAGACAUUAUUGAAAUGAAGGACAGAAUUGUGGCUCCUGAUAUUAAUUUGGAUGCAAGUGUCAGGGACAGAAUUGUUGUUCAUGCUGGAGGAGUAAUUCGGAUCAUAGCAUAUGUAUCAGGAAAACCAGCUCCAACAGUGAGUUGGAGCAGAGAUGAUCGAGCUUUACCAGAAGAAGCUAAAAUUGAAGAAACAGCUAUAAGUUCUUCUUUAGUCAUCAAGAAUUGCAAACGGAGCCACCAGGGUAUAUACACUCUUCUUGCUAAAAAUGCAGGUGGUGAGCGGAAGAAGACCAUUAUUGUUGAUGUGCUAGAUGUGCCAGGCCCAGUUGGCAUGCCAUUCCUUACUGAGAACCUAACAAGUGACUCUUGUAAAUUGACAUGGUUUACUCCAGAAGAUGAUGGUGGUUCUCCUAUUACCAACUACAUAAUUGAAAAACGUGAAUCUGACCAUAGAGCCUGGACUCCAGUAAGCUAUACAGUUACAAGACAGAAUGCUGUUGUUCAGGGACUGACUGAAGGGAGUGCCUACUUUUUCCGAAUUGCAGCAGAGAAUAUUAUUGGCAUGGGUCCUUUCACAGAGACAACAAAAGAACUUAUCAUUAGAGAUCCAAUAACUGUUCCUGACCGUCCUGAAGACCUGGAGGUUAAAGCAGUUACGAAGAACUCUGUUACAUUAACUUGGAAUCCUCCAAAAUAUAAUGGAGGCUCAGAUAUCACCAUGUAUGUUCUGGAGAGUCGUCUCAUUGGAAAAGAAAAAUUCCACAGAGUUACUAAGGAGAAAAUGCUUGAUAGGAAAUACACUGUAGAAGGCUUGAAAGAGGGUGACACCUAUGAAUAUCGUGUGAGUGCUUGCAAUAUUGUGGGGCAAGGCAAGCCAUCAUUUUGCACAAAACCAAUCACAUGCAGGGAUGAAAUCGCUCCUCCAACACUUGACCUUGACUUCAGAGACAAACUUAUUGUUCGGGUUGGUGAAGCUUUCAGCCUAACUGGACGUUACUCAGGAAAGCCUACACCAAAGAUUACUUGGCUGAGGGAUGAUAUUGUUUUGAAAGAAGAUAACCGUACAAAGAUUAAGACAACUCCUACAACACUUUGUCUGGGGGUACUAAAAUCUGUCCGUGAAGAUUCAGGCAAAUACUGUGUUAUUGUAGAGAACAGCACAGGAUCAAGAAAAGGGUUUUGUCAAGUUACUGUUGUUGAUCGCCCGUCACCUCCAGUGGGUCCAGUUAUAUUUGAUGAAGUUCAUAAAGAUCAUAUGAUAGUUUCCUGGAAACCUCCACUUGAUGAUGGAGGCAGUGAAAUUACAAACUACAUUAUUGAGAAGAGAGAUACACACAGAGACCUGUGGAUGCCAGUUACAUCUGCUACAGUUAAGACAACGUGCAAAAUUCCUAAGCUGCUUGAAGGAAGAGAAUAUCAAGUUCGAAUUUAUGCUGAAAAUCUCUACGGCAUAAGUGAUCCUCUCAUCUCUGAUGAGAUGAAAGCCAAGGACCGUUUCAGUGUUCCUGAUGCACCUGAACAACCAGUUAUUAAGGAUGUUACAAAAGACUCUGCAGUAGUAGUUUGGAACAAACCAUAUGAUGGAGGCAAGCCAAUAACAAACUACAUUGUGGAAAAGAAGGAAACAAUGGCUACUAGAUGGGUCAGAGUUACCAAAGACCCAAUUUUCCCAAGUACUCAGUUCAAAGUACCUGACCUCCUUGAAGGCUGCCAGUAUGAAUUCCGUGUUUCAGCAGAAAAUGAAAUUGGUGUUGGUAAUCCUAGUCCACCAUCAAAGCCAAUUUUUGCUAGAGAUCCAAUUGUAAAACCAAGUCCACCUGUUAAUCCGGAAGCAGUAGAUAAAACUAAGAAUUCUGUUGACUUGACUUGGCAACCACCACGCCAUGAUGGUAAUGGAAAGAUAAUUGGCUACCUUGUUGAAUAUCAGAAGGUUGGAGAUGAAGAAUGGAAAAAGGCCAAUCUUACACCAGAUUCUUGUCCUGAGACAAAAUAUAAAGUCACUGGACUUACUGAGGGUUUGACCUAUAAGUUCAGGGUCAUGGCAGUCAAUGCAGCAGGUGAAUCUGAACCAGCCUAUGUUCCUGAUCCAGUAGAAGUAAAGGACAGACUUGAACCUCCUGAGCUGAUACUUGAUGCUAAUAUGGCCCGGGAACAGCAUGUAAGAGCAGGAGAUACACUGAGACUUAGUGCUGUUAUUAAAGGUGUCCCGUUUCCAAAAGUUUCUUGGAAGAAAGAAGACAAGGAAGUCUCACCCAAAGCUGAUAUUGAGGUUACAGGUGUUGGCAGUAAGCUUGAAAUUCGUAACGCUGCCCAUGAAGAUGGUGGAAUUUACUCCCUGACAGUUGAAAAUCCAGCUGGUUCAAAGACUGUUUCAGUGAAAGUUCUUGUCUUAGAUAAGCCUGGUCCACCUAGAAAUCUGCAAGUCAGUGAUGUUAGAAGUGAUUCUUGCUACCUGACAUGGAAGGAACCAGAAGAUGAUGGUGGCUCUGUUAUUACCAACUAUGUGGUGGAAAGGAAAGAUGUAGCUUCUGCACAGUGGGUAUCUGUCUCAUCAACCUCCAAGAAACGCAGUCACAUGGCUAAAUAUCUCAUGGAAGGCACUCAGUAUCUUUUCCGAGUUGCAGCUGAGAAUCUGUUUGGUAGAGGACCAUAUGUGGAAACACUCAAGCCAAUUAAAGCUAUAGAUCCACUGCAUCCUCCUGGGCCACCGAAGAAUCUGCAUCACGUAGAUGUUGACAAGACUGAAGUUUCCCUUGUUUGGAAUAGACCAGAUCGUGAUGGCGGUGCUGAGAUAACUGGAUAUUUGGUAGAAUAUCAGGAAGAUGGUGCAGAUGAAUGGACAAAGUUCCAAACAGUCCCAAUGCUAGACUGUGUUGUUACAGGCCUACAAAAAGGAAAAAUAUACAAAUUCCGUGUGAAAGCUCAAAAUAUUGUGGGUCUCAGCCUUCCAGAUACAACGAUACCAAUAGAAUGUCAAGAAAAACUAGUACCUCCAUCUGUAGAACUAGAUGUGAAGUUAAUUGAAGGUCUUGUUGUUAAAGCUGGUACCACAGUGAGACUUCCUGCAAUUAUGAGAGGUGUGCCAGUUCCCACUGCAAAAUGGGUUACUGAUGACACUGAAAUUAAGACGGAAGGCAGACACAAGAUAGAGACUGACAAUUAUUCAACUGUGCUUACCAUCAAAGACUGUGUAAGAAAAGAUACGGGAGAAUAUCUACUCACAGUAUCUAAUGCAGCUGGCCACAAAACUGUUGCUCUACAUCUUACAGUUUUGGAUGUUCCUGGCCCACCGACUGGUCCUAUUAAUAUUCUUGAAGUAACACCAGAACAUAUGGUUAUCUCUUGGCGCCCUCCUAAAGAUGAUGGUGGGAGUCCUAUAAUAAACUAUAUUGUUGAGAAGCGUCAAUCAAAGAAAGAGACUUGGGGAGUAGUUAGCUCUGGAACAAGUCACACAAAAAUUAAGAUUCCACGACUGCAGAAAGGCUGUGAAUAUAUUUUCCGUGUUCGGGCAGAAAAUAAGAUAGGCAUUGGUGCGCCUCUUGAUUCAGAACCAACAGUUGCUAAAUAUAUGUUUGAUCCACCAUCCCCACCUGGUAAACCAAUAGUGUUUGAUAUUACAGAAAAUGCUGCAACAGUAUCUUGGACCCUACCAAUGUCAGAUGGUGGAACUCCAAUAACUGGUUAUAUACUUGAGCGUCGAGAAGCAUCUGGUAAAUGGGUGCGUGUCAAUAAGACACCAAUACUUGAUAUGAAAUACAGAGUCACUGGUCUCUUUGAAGGCAACACAUAUGAAUUCAGAGUUUUUGCAGAAAACAUGGUGGGCUUAAGCAAGCCAUCUCCAAGCUCUGAUCCAAUAAAGGCGUCACGUCCUAUCACUCCUCCUGGACCACCCAUUAAUCCAAAAUUAAAAGAUAAAACCAGAGAAACAGCUGAUCUAGUUUGGACAAAACCCCUCAAAGAUGGUGGCAGCCCAAUUCUGGGAUAUAUUGUGGAAUGCCAGAAAACUGGAACUACACAGUGGAACAGGAUUAAUAAAGAUGAUCUCAUCAGACAAUGUGCCUUUAGAGUACCUGGGUUAAUAGAAGGAAAUGAAUAUAGAUUCCGAAUCAAAGCUGUCAACAUUGUAGGAGAGGGAGAGCCAAGAGAACUGGCAGAAACUGUACAUGCAAAGGAUAUUCUUUCUCCUCCAGAAGUAAGCUUAGAUGUGACUUGUCGAGACUUAAUUACUGUCCGAGUAGGCCAAACAAUCCAUAUUACUGGCAAAGUAAAAGGUAGGCCAGAUCCUGACAUAACGUGGUCUAAGGAUGGCAAAGUUUUGGUACAGGAAAAACGCAUUGAAAUAAUCCAUGAUCUACCUAAUGUUGGACUGCAAGUAAAAGAAGCCAAAAGAUCUGAUCAUGGCAAGUAUAUAAUAGCAGCUAAGAACAGCUGUGGACAUGCUCAAGGUUUUGCCAUUGUGAAUGUUCUUGACAGACCUGGACCAUGUCAGAACCUGAAAAUAAGCUAUGUCACAAAAGAUUCUUGUAUGAUUGCUUGGGAGAGUCCAGUGGACAAUGGUGGCUCAGAAAUCACAAAUUAUAUUGUAGAGUACCGUCAACCAAAUCAGAGGGGGUGGUCAAUUGUGUCCUCUGAUGUCACUAAACGGUUAGUAAAGGCAAAUCUUAUAGAGAACCGUGAAUACUUCUUUAGAGUUUGUGCAGAAAACAAAAUAGGUCCAGGUCCGUGCAUUGAGACCAAAACUCCCAUCCUUGCCAUAAAUCCUAUUGACAAGCCUGGAGAGCCGGAAAAUCUUCACAUUGCGGAGAAAGGAAAAACAUUUGUAUUUCUGAAAUGGAGAAGACCAGAUUAUGAUGGUGGAAGCCCAAAUUUAAGUUAUCAUGUGGAGAGAAAACUGAAAGAUUCAGAUGAAUGGGAAAGGGUUCAUAAAGGCAGCAUUAAGGAAACACACUAUAUGGUUGAUAAAUGUAUUGAAAAUAAGAUUUACCAAUUCAGAGUUCAAACCAAGAAUGAGGCGGGUGAAAGUGACUGGGUAAAAACUGCUGAAGUUGUUGUGAAGGAAGAUCUGCAGAAACCAGUGCUGGACUUGAAGUUAAGCGGGGUACUAACAGUGAAAGCUGGUGACACAAUUAGAAUUGAGGCUGGAGUCAGAGGAAAACCACAGCCUGAAGUUGCAUGGACAAAAGACAAAGAUGCAACGGAUCUUACAAGGUCUCCAAGAGUCAGCAUUGAAACAACAUCUGACACAUCAAAGUUUGUUCUCACAAAAUCAAGGCGUAGUGAUGGUGGGAAAUAUGUGAUUACUGCAACUAACACAGCUGGUAGUUUUGUAGCAUAUGCUACUGUUAUUGUUUUGGAUAAACCAGGUCCUGUAAGAAACUUGAAAGUAACUGACAUUUCAAGUGACAGAUGUACUGUUACCUGGGAACCUCCAGAGGAUGAUGGCGGUUGUGAAAUACAAAACUACAUCCUAGAAAAGUGUGAAAGCAAGCGUAUGGUUUGGUCUACAUACUCUUCUUCUGUCCUAACUAAUUAUGCAAAUGUAACACGCCUCAUUGAGGGUAAUGAAUAUAUAUUCAGAGUUCGUGCAGAGAAUAAAAUGGGCACUGGUCCACCAACAGAAACACACCCAAUUAUCGCAAAAACUAAAUUUGAUAGACCUGGACGCCCUGACCCUCCAGAGGUAACAAGAGUAAGCAAAGAAGAGAUGACUGUCGUUUGGAAUCCACCAGAAUACGAUGGUGGCAAGUCAAUUACAGGAUACAUCUUAGAGAAGAAAGAGAAACGAUCAUUAAGAUGGGUUCCAGUUACUAAGACUGCUAUUCCUGAGAGACGCAAGAAGGUUACUAAUCUCAUCCCUGGUCAUGAAUAUCAGUUCCGUGUCAGUGCUGAAAAUGAAGUUGGACUUGGAGAACCAAGCUUGCCAUCAAGACCAGUAGUAGCAAAAGACCCAAUAGAACCACCUGGUCCUCCCACCAACUUGAGGGUGGUUGAUAGUACAAAGAGUUCAAUAACCCUUGGCUGGGGAAAACCAGUGUACGACGGUGGUGCUCCAAUUAUUGGAUAUGUUGUGGAAAUUAGACCAAAAGUGGAAGGUGCUGAUCCUGAAGCAGGGUGGAAACGAUGCAAUGUUGCUGCUCAAGUUAUUCAUACAGAAUUUACAGCCACUAGUCUGGAUGAGAAACAAUUAUAUGAGUUCAGAGUUUCUGCCCAAAAUCAGGUUGGCCUUGGCCGGCCAGCAGAACUGAAAGAAGCUGUGUCUCCCAAAGAAAUACUUGAACCUCCUGAGAUUGAAUUGGAUGCAAGCAUGAGAAAGUUAGUCACAGUAAGAGCAGGAUGUCCUAUCAGACUUUUUGCCAUUAUUAGAGGUCGCCCAGCACCAAAAGUCACCUGGAGGAGAAUGGGUAUUGAUAACGUCAUCAGGAAAGGACAAGUUGAUCUGGUUGACACUAUGGCCUUCUGUGUCAUCCCUGAUUCAACACGUGAUGACUCAGGCAAAUAUUCAUUGACACUCGUCAACGUAGCUGGAGAAAAGGCUGUGUUUGUGAACGUUAGAGUUCUGGAUACUCCUGGACCUGUGUCGGACUUCAGAGCUUCAGAUGUCACCAAGAUGUCAUGCCAUCUCUCAUGGGCACCUCCAGAGAAUGAUGGUGGUAGCCCAGUGACUCAUUACAUCCUGCAGAAACGUGAGGCUGACAGGAAGACUUGGGGAACAGUCACUGCAGAACUAAAGAAAACUAGUUUCCAAAUAGCUAACCUUGUACCUGGAAAUGAGUAUUACUUCAGAGUAACAGCGGUAAAUGAAUAUGGAUCAGGUGUUCCAAGUGACAUACCAAAACCAGUCCUAGCAACAGAUCCCUUAAGUGAACCCGAUCCACCAAGAAAACUUGAAGUUACUGAAAUUACAAAGAACAGUGCUACUUUAGGCUGGCUGCCACCGCUGCGUGAUGGAGGUUCAAAAGUUGAUGGGUAUAUUGUUAGCUACAAAGAAGAUGACCAACCAGAAGAUCGUUGGACAGAAUAUUCAGUAGUCAAAGACCUCUCUAUUGUUGUAGCUGGUCUGAAAGAAGGAAAAAAGUACAAAUUUAGAGUGGCAGCUCGAAAUGCUGUUGGAGUAAGUUUUCCAAGAGAAGCUGAAGGAGUAUUUGAAAUUAAAGAACAACUCAUCCCACCUAAGAUCCUGAUGCCUGAUCAUGUUCACAUUAAAGCUGGGAAGAAGCUGAGAAUUGAAGCUCAUGUAUAUGGGAAACCUCAGCCAGUUUGUAAAUGGAUGAAAGGAGAUGAAGAUGUAAUCACAUCCAGUCGCCUUGCUGUGCAUAAAGCAGAAAAGUCUUCUGUUCUUAUCAUUAAGGAUGUGACUAGGAAAGAUUCUGGUUUUUACACUCUUACUGCAGAAAACAGCUCUGGUACUGACAGUCAGAAAAUCAGAGUGAUAGUCAUGGAUAAGCCAGGUCCACCACAGCCUCCAUUUGACAUUUCUGAAAUAGAUGCUGAUGCUUGCACUCUUGCAUGGCAUAUACCUCUUGAAGAUGGUGGCAGUAACAUUACCAACUAUGUAGUUGAAAAAUGUGAUGUAAGCCGAGGAGACUGGGUAACAGCUUUAGCUUCUGUCACAAAGACAAGCUGCAGAAUUGGAAAACUGAUUCCUGGAGAAGAAUACAUGUUCCGUGUUCGUGCUGAAAAUCGUUUUGGGAUUUCUGAGCCACUUAAUUCUGACAAGAUGAUUGCAAGGUUCCCAUUUGAUGUACCCAGUGAACCAAAGAAUGCACGUAUUACCAAGGUUAACAAGGACUGCAUUUUUGUUGCCUGGGAUAGACCAGAUAGUGAUGGAGGCAGUCCAAUCACUGGUUAUCUUAUUGAACGGAAAGAAAGGAACAGCUUGCUGUGGGUGAAAGCUAAUGAUACAGCUGUGCGUUCCACAGAGUACCCUUGUGUGGGGCUCAUUGAAGGUCUUGAGUAUGCUUUCAGAAUUUAUGCACUGAACAGAGCUGGAGCAAGUAAACCUAGUAAACCAACAGAGAUUGUCACGGCAAGGACACCAGUCGAUCCUCCUGGAAAACCUGAAGUUAUUGAUGUCACUAAGAGUACUGCAUCGCUGGUAUGGACAAGACCAAAGCAUGAUGGUGGUAGCAAGCUUAUUGGCUACUUUGUUGAAGCUUGCAAAUUACCUGGUGACAAAUGGGUCCGGUGCAAUACAACUCCACAUCAAAUACCUCUGGAAGAGUACACUGCUACUGAUCUGGAAGAAAAUGCUCAAUAUCAAUUUAGAGCAAUUGCUAAGACAGCGGUUAAUAUUAGCCGACCUUCAGAACCUUCUGAUCCGGUGACCAUUCACCCAGAAAAUGUUCCUCCCAGAAUAGAGUUGGAUCUAUCUAUGCAAUCACAGCUAACAGUAAAAGCUGGAACUAAUGUACGUCUGGAGGCCAAAGUAUAUGGAAAACCAAUGCCAACCAUCACUUGGAAGAAAGAAGGAGAACUUUUAAAGCCAUCAGAAGGUGUUAAGAUAACUACUAAGAGAAAUCUUGCUGUUGUUGAACUGUUCAGUGUUAACAGGAAGCAAACAGGAGACUAUACUAUAACUGCUGAAAAUCCAAGUGGAUCAAAGUCAGCAACUAUUAGGCUUAAAGUACUUGAUAAGCCUGGUCCUCCAGCCUCUGUAAAAAUCAAGCAUAUGUAUGCAGAUCAUGCAAUGCUUUCUUGGGAGCCUCCUCUAGAAGAUGGAGGUUCAGAAAUUACUAAUUACAUUGUUGACAAACGUGAAACAAGCAGACCAAACUGGGCCCAGGUCAGCGCCACUGUACCCAUUACAAGUUGCACAGUGGAGAAACUAAUAGAAGGGCAUGAGUACCAGUUCCGUAUAUGUGCUGAGAACAAAUAUGGUGUUGGAGACCCUAUAUUGACUGAACCAGCAGUUGCUAAGAAUCCAUAUGAUGUACCUGGACCUUGUGAUCCACCAGUAAUCAGUAAUGUAACGAAAGACUUCAUGACUGUUAGCUGGAAGCCACCAGCUAAUGAUGGUGGGUCCCCAAUAACUGGCUAUAUGCUUGAGAAGCGUGAAACUAAAGCUCUUAACUGGACAAAGGUAAACAGGAAGCCUGUCAUUGAAAGAACUGUUAAGGCUUCAGGACUCCAAGAAGGAACAGAAUACGAGUUCCGGGUGAUAGCAUUGAAUAAGGCUGGACCUGGCAAGCCUAGUGCACCAUCCAAAGCGGUGUAUGCUCGUGAUCCUCAAUAUCCUCCUGGCCCACCUGCUUUCCCGAAGGUGGUUGACACUACUCGUAAUUCAAUAAGCCUGUCAUGGAGCAAACCAGCAUAUGAUGGUGGAAGCCCUAUUAUUGGUUAUCUAGUAGAAUCAAAAAGAGCUGACACAGACAACUGGGUCAGAUGCAAUCUUCCCAAGAACUUACAGGCUACACACUUUGUGGUAACAGGGCUGAUGGAAGAUACAGAGUACCAGUUCCGCAUAUAUGCUGUCAAUAAGAUUGGAUACAGUGAUCCAAGUGAUGUCCCUGAUAAACACACUGCGAAAGAUAUUUUAAUUCCUCCUGAAGGAGAACUUGAUGCAGAACUAAGGAAAGUACUUGUAUUACGCGCUGGAGUCACAAUGAGACUUUAUGUGCCGGUAAGAGGACGACCACCUCCCAAGAUUACGUGGUCUAAAGUGGGUGCCAACUUAAGAGACAGACAAGGAUUAGAGAUCAAAUCAACUGAUUUUGAUACCUUCCUGCGCUGUGAAAAUGUAAACAAAUACGAUGCUGGAAGAUACGUCCUCAGUCUGGAGAAUAGUUGUGGUAAAAAGGCAUACACCAUUGUUGUGAAAGUACUUGAUACUCCAGGCCCUCCUGUUAACCUUGUUGUAAAGGAAGCAUCUAAAGAUUCUGCUUAUAUAACAUGGGAACCUCCACUAAUUGAUGGUGGCAGUCCAAUCACAAAUUAUGUUGUUGAAAAACGUGAUGCAGAAAGAAAGUCAUGGUCCACAGUAACAGCAGAAUGUCCAAAGACAAGCUACAGGAUAACUAACUUAGAAGAAGGCAAAUCCUACUUCUUCAGGGUUUUUGCUGAAAAUGAAUAUGGUAUUGGAGACCCCUGUGAAACUCGUGAUGCUGUUAAAGCUUCUGAAACACCCGGGCCGGUUGUGGAUCUAAAAGCUUCAGCUGUAACAAAAUCAUCUUGCAAUUUAGUAUGGAAAAAGCCUAUCAGUGAUGGUGGAAGCCGUAUUUUUGCCUAUGUUGUGGAGGUUCUCAUUGGUGAAGAUAAGUGGCAAGAAGUGAUGCGGUCAAAGAACCUUCAUUAUUCAAUGAGAGACCUAAAGGAAGGUCAAGAAUACACGUUCAGAGUUAGAGCCCAAAAUGAUGCUGGAUAUGGAACUCCAAGGGAGCUCACAGUUGUGGCAAGAGAUGAUGUUGUGGCACCUGAUCUUGAUUUAAGAGAUCUACCUGAUUUGUGCUAUGUAGCUAAAGAGGGUAGCAAUUUCCGUCUUAAAAUCCCUAUUAAAGGCAAGCCUUUCCCAACUGUAACUUGGAAGAAAGAUGAAGACAAGGCACUUACCGAGAGUGGAAGAGUUGCUUUUGAAUCUACGGCAGUAAACACAACGCUUUUAGUACGUGACUGCCAGAAAGCUGAUGCUGGAAAAUACACAAUCACUCUGAAGAAUGUUGCUGGCAGCAAGGAAGGCACCAUUUCUGUGAAAGUUGUUGGCAAACCUGGCAUACCAACAGGUCCAGUGAAAUUUGAUGAAGUCACAGCUGAUGCCAUGACCUUAAAAUGGGGUCCUCCAAAAGAUGAUGGUGGUUCAGAAAUCACUAACUACGUUAUAGAGAAAAGAGAUAAUAUAAGCAAUAAGUGGGUGACUUGUGCCUCUGCAGUCCAGAAAACUACAUUUAGAGUUACACGGCUUCAUGAAGGAAAUGAAUAUACGUUCAGGAUCAGGGCUGAAAAUAAAUAUGGAGUAGGUGAAGGUCUUAAAUCUGACCCUAUUGUUGCAAAACAUCCAUUUGAUGUGCCCGAUGCUCCUCCACCCCCCAACAUUGUUGAUGUUCGACAUGAUUCUGUAUCUUUAACUUGGACAGAUCCCAGAAGAACUGGAGGCUCACCAAUUACAGGUUAUCAUAUCGAAUUCAAAGAAAGAAAUAGUCUUUUGUGGAAGAGAGCCAAUACAAUUCCAAUCAGAAUGAAAGAUUUCAGAGUGACAGGAUUAACUGAAGGACUGGAGUAUGAGUUCAGAGUAAUGGCAAUCAAUAUAGCUGGAGUAGGUAAACCAAGUCCACCAUCUGAACCUGUUGUGGCACUUGACCCCAUUGAUCCUCCUGGGAAACCUGAAGUUAUCAAUGUAACAAGGAACUCAGUAACACUUAUUUGGACAGAACCAAAAUAUGAUGGUGGACAUAAGUUAACUGGCUAUAUUGUUGAAAAGCGUGAUUUGCCUUCAAAGACUUGGACUAAAGCUAAUCAUGUGAAUGUUCCAGACUGUGCAUUCACUGUAACUGACCUUACUGAAGGUUCCAAAUACGAAUUCAGAAUUAGAGCUAAGAACACUGCUGGGGCUAUCAGUCCUCCAUCUGAAUCCACAGGAACCAUAAUAUGCAAGGAUGAGUAUGAGGCACCAACAAUUGUUAUCGAACCUACUUUGAAGGAAGGUUUAACAGUGAAAGCAGGAGACACAAUUACUGUAUCUGCUAUUAGUAUCCGUGGUAAACCACCUCCAACUUCAGCAUGGUCAAAAGCUGGAAAAGAUUUUAGACCUUCAGAGCUUGUGCACAUUGAAACUACACCCACUUCUUCUACCCUAACCGUCAAAUAUGCAGCCAGAAAGGAUUCUGGAGAAUACACAAUCACUGCAACCAAUCCUUUUGGCACUAAACAAGAGAGUGUACAUGUGAAAGUUUUAGAUGUUCCAGGACCUCCAGGGCCUAUUGAGAUCAGCAAUGUUUCAGCAGAAAAAGCCACUCUGACAUGGUCACCUCCUGCAGAAGAUGGUGGAUCACCAAUCAAAUCAUAUAUUCUUGAAAAGAGAGAAACUAGCCGAUUGCUCUGGACAUUAGUGGCUGAAAAUAUCGAGACUUGUAGGCAUGUUGUUAGCAAACUCAUUCAAGGAAAUGAGUAUGUUUUCCGUGUCUCAGCAGUAAAUCAAUAUGGCAAGGGUGAACCAGUACAAUCAGAACCAGUUAAAAUGGUGGACAGAUUUGGUCCCCCUGGUCCUCCUGGAAAACCAGAAGUAACAAAUGUGACUAAAAAUACUGUGACAGUUACCUGGAAAAGGCCAGUAGAUGAUGGCGGAAGUGAAAUCACAGGUUACUAUGUGGAGCGGAGAGAAAAGAAAGGUUUAAGAUGGGUCAGAGCAACAAAGAAACCAGUUUCAGAUCUUAGAUGCAAAGUAACUGGUCUCCUGGAAGGAAGUGAAUACGAAUUCCGUGUCAGUGCAGAAAACAGAGCAGGAGUUGGACCACCAAGUGAUGCUUCAAACUCAGUCAUGUGCAAGGAUGUUGCAUACCCACCUGGUCCACCUGCAAAUCCAAGAGUGACUGAUACUACAAAGACAAGUGCAUCUUUAGCCUGGGGCAAGCCUCACUAUGAUGGUGGUCUUGACAUCAUUGGCUACAUAGUGGAGCAUCAAAAGGAAGGAGAAGAAGAAUGGGUAAAAGACACGACAGGGACUGCUUUAAGAAUCACUCAAUUUGUUGUUGCUCAUCUGCAGACAGGAGCCAAAUACAAUUUCAGAAUCUCUGCCAUGAAUGCUGUAGGUACUGGUGAACCAGCACUAAUUCCCAGUGUGGAAAUCAAAGAGCGGGAAGAAAUUCCUGACUUUGAAUUAGACGCUGAGCUAAGAAGAACACUUGUUGUCAGAGCUGGGUUAACUAUUCGGAUUUUUGUGCCUAUUAAAGGACGUCCAACUCCAGAAAUUACAUGGACAAAAGAUGAUGUUUCACUCAAAGGACGUGCUAGUACUGAAAAUACAGACUCUUUUACGCUCUUGAUUGUCACAGAGUGCACCAGAUAUGAUGCAGGAAAAUACGUAUUGACACUUGAAAAUGCUGCUGGUAAGAAGACAGGUUUUGUAAAUGUGAAAGUCUUGGAUACACCAGGUCCACCAAUAAACCUUAAACCUAGAGAAAUAACCAAGGACAGCAUCACCCUCCAAUGGGAUAUGCCUCUGAUAGAUGGUGGUUCCCGUAUAACAAACUAUAUUGUUGAGAAACGUGAAUCAACUCGUAAAGCAUAUUCAACAGUCACAACAAAGUGCCAGAAGUGUUCUUUCAGGAUUCCUAAUUUGUCUGAGGGAUGUGAAUACUAUUUCAGAGUGUUGGCUGAAAACGAGUUUGGUAUUGGCGAACCAGCUGAAACUACAGAACCAGUAAGGGCUUCUGAGGCACCAUCACCACCUGACAGCCUUAAUAUUAUGGAUGUAACACGAAACUCAGUUAGCCUGGCUUGGCCAAAACCAGAACAUGAUGGCGGCAGCAAGAUCACUGGAUAUGUAAUUGAAGCACAGAGAAAAGGAACAAACCAAUGGGCACACAUUACAACUGUAAAAACAUUGGAUUGUGUAGUGAAGAAUCUAACUGAAAAUGAAGAGUAUACUUUCCAGGUUAUGGCGGUUAACAGUGCUGGGAGAAGUGCCCCAAGAGAAAGCAGACCAGUUAUUAUCAAGGAACAAACAAUGCUUCCAGAGUUUGACCUUCGUAGUAUCUACCAGAAAACAGUCAUCGCCAAAGCUGGUGACAAUAUCAAGAUUGAAAUCCCUGUGCUUGGUCGUCCAAGGCCAACUGUGACUUGGAAGAAAGAAGACCAGAUACUUAAGCAAACACAAAGGGUAAAUUAUGAAAAUACUGCAACGGCAACCAUACUAAACAUCAAUGAAUGUACACGAAGUGAUAGUGGUCGAUAUCCACUGUCAGCUAAAAAUAUUGUGGGAGAAGUUAGUGAAGUUAUUACAGUUCAAGUUCAUGAUAUACCUGGACCUCCUACAGGACCGAUCAAAUUUGAUGAAAUUUCUUCUGACUUUGUAACAUUUUCAUGGCAGCCUCCUUUGAAUGAUGGAGGUGUACCAAUAAGUAAUUAUGUUGUAGAGAUGCGUCAAACUGACAGUACCACAUGGACUGAACUGGCAACCACAGUGAUACGUACUACGUUUAAAGCCACUCGUCUUAAUACUGGAGUUGAGUAUCAGUUCCGAGUCAAAGCUCAAAACAGGUAUGGAACUGGUCCAGCCAUUACUUCAGAAUCUGUAGUUGCCAACUAUCCAUUUAAGGUGCCUGGGCCACCUGGUACUCCUCAGGUGAUUGCAGUCACCAAAGAAACUAUGACCAUUAGCUGGAAUGAGCCAAUUACUGAUGGUGGAAGCCCAAUUCUGGGUUAUCACAUUGAAAGGAAAGAACGAAAUAGCAUUCUUUGGCAGACUGUAAGUAAAAUGCUGGUAUCAGGCAAUAUCUUUAAAUCAACUGGACUUAGUGAUGGCAUUGCAUAUGAAUUCCGUGUUAUAGCAGAAAAUCUGGCUGGCAAGAGUAGGCCAAGCAAGCCAUCUGAGCCUGUAUUUGCUUUAGACCCAAUAGAUCCACCUGGUAAGCCAGUACCUCUGAACAUUACAAGACAUGCAGUGACACUGAAGUGGACUAAACCGGAAUAUAAUGGAGGUUUUAAGAUAACUGGCUACACUGUUGAAAAAAGAGAUCUUCCUAAUGGCCGUUGGCUGAAGGCUAAUUUCAGCAACAUAUUAGAGACUGAAUUCACUGUCAGUGGUUUGACAGAAGAUGCUGCCUAUGAAUUCCGUGUGAUUGCUAGAAAUGCUGGUGGGGCUGUGAGUCAGCCCUCUGAGCCAUCAGAUGCAAUAACUUGUAGAGAUGACAUUGAAGCACCAAGGAUAAGCGUGGAUGCUAAAUAUAAAGACACCUUAGUGCUGAAAGCAGGUGAAGUUUUCAGACUUGAGGCUGAUGUAUCAGGUCGCCCUCCACCAUCUAUGGUAUGGACAAAAGGAGAAAAAGAACUUCAAGACACAGCAAAACUGGAAAUAAAGACAGCAGACUUUUCUACUGUUCUUAUCAAUAAAGAUUCUUCAAGAAGAGAUGGCGGUGCCUAUACACUUACUGCAACAAAUCCUGGUGGCUUUGCCAAGCAUAUCUUCAAUGUUAAGGUUCUUGAUAGACCUGGUCCUCCAGAAGGGCCAUUGGCUGUGUCCGAAGUCACUGCAGAAAAAUGUGUGCUGUCAUGGUUACCUCCUCUGGAUGAUGGAGGAGCAAAGAUUGACCACUAUGUGGUUGAAAAACGUGAAACCAGUAGAUUGGCAUGGACAGCUGUAGCCACUGAAGUUCCGCUGACUAAACUGAAGGUUACUAAGCUGUUGAAGGGCAAUGAGUAUGUGUUCCGUGUUAUGGCUGUUAACAAAUACGGAGUUGGUGAGCCUCUUGAAUCAGAGCCAGUUCUUGCAGUAAAUCCAUAUGUGCCACCUGAUCCACCUAAAACACCUGAAGUUACAGCAAUAACAAAAGAUUCUAUGGUUGUCUGCUGGGGCCAUCCUGAUUCUGAUGGUGGGAGCCCAAUAACUAACUACAUUGUGGAACGUCGUGACAGAGCUGGUCUUCGGUGGGUAAAAUGUAACAAACGAGUUGUUACUGACUUACGUUACAAAGUGUCUGGACUGACAGAAGGUCAUGAAUAUGAAUACAGAGUCAUGGCAGAAAAUGCUGCUGGAGUUAGUGAGCCAAGCCCAACUAGUCCAUUCUAUAAAGCUUGUGAUACUGUAUUUAAGCCUGGUCCCCCAGGCAAUCCUCGUGUUUUGGAUAGCAGCAAGUCCUCUAUUACAAUAGCAUGGAAUAAACCAAUAUACGAUGGUGGUUCAGAGAUCACAGGUUAUAUGGUUGAGAUUGCACUACCUGAGGAAGAUGAGUGGAAGAUUGUAACUCCUCCAGUAGGACUAAAGGCCACUUCUUUUACUAUCACUGACCUAAAAGAAAACCAAGAGUAUAAAAUCCGGAUAUAUGCUAUGAAUUCUGAAGGUCUUGGGGAACCUGCUCUUGUUCCUGGGACUCCUAAAGCUGAAGAAAGACUGCUACCCCCAGAGAUUGAACUUGAUGCAGAACUUCGUAAAGUUGUAACUAUCAGAGCCUGCUGUACUCUAAGACUCUUUGUUCCAAUUAAAGGAAGACCAGCACCUGAGGUAAAAUGGACGAGAGAACAUGGGGAAUCUCUGGAUAGAGCAACCAUUGAAUCAACAAGCUCUUAUACUCUACUUAUUGUUGAAAAUGUAAAUAGAUUUGAUAGUGGCAAAUACAUGUUGACAAUUGAAAACAGCUCAGGUAGUAAGUCAGCAUUUGUGAAUGUCAGAGUACUUGAUACUCCAGGGGCACCUCAAGAUUUGAAAAUAAAAGAAGUUACAAAGUCAUCAGUUACACUCACAUGGGAGCCUCCUCUCAUAGAUGGUGGCUCUAAAAUAAAAAAUUACAUUGUUGAAAAGCGUGAAUCAACAAGAAAAGCUUAUUCAACUGUUAAUGCCAAUUGCCACAAGACCAGCUGGAAAGUUGAUUCACUGCAAGAAGGCUGCAAUUACUACUUCAGAGUCCUAGCUGAAAAUGAAUAUGGAAUAGGCCUUCCAGUUGAAACUUCAGAAUCUGUGAAAGUAUCAGAAAGACCACUUCCACCAGGAAAGAUAACUUUGUUGGAUGUGACAAGAAAUAGCGUAUCCUUAUCUUGGGAAAAACCUGAGCAUGAUGGUGGUAGCAGAAUUCUGGGUUAUAUUGUAGAAAUGCAAAGCAAAGGCAGUGAAAAGUGGUCAACUUGUGCUACAGUAAAAGUUACUGAAGCCACUAUCACAGGAUUGAUCCAAGGUGAAGAAUACACUUUCCGUGUUUCAGCUCAGAAUGAAAAAGGUGUCAGUGAUCCUCGCCAGCUGGGUAUACCAGUUGUUGCAAAAGACCUUGUGAUUCCACCAGCUUUCAAACUACUGUUCACUACUUUCAGUGUUCUAGCAGGAGAGGACUUAAAGGUUGAUGUUCCUUUUGUUGGUCGACCCAAACCAGCAGUCUUUUGGCAUAAAGAUAAUGUGGCAUUGAAGCAAACUACCAGAGUCAAUGCAGAAAGUUCAGAAAAUAACACAGUGUUAACGAUAAAAGAAGCAUGCAGAGAAGAUGUGGGAGCAUAUUUAGUUAAACUUACGAAUUCUGCAGGUGAAGCAACUGAGACCUUAAAUAUUGUUGUCCUUGAUAAACCAGGACCCCCAACUGGACCAGUCAAAGUAGAUGAAGUAACAGCAGAUAGUAUUACCAUUUCUUGGGAGCCACCCAAAUAUGAUGGUGGUAGCUCCAUUAAUAAUUAUAUUGUAGAAAAAAGAGACACUUCCACCACCAUUUGGCAGAUUGUGUCUGCUACUGUUGCAAGAACAACGAUAAAAGCGUGUAGAUUAAAGACUGGCUGUGAAUAUCAAUUCAGAAUCACAGCUGAAAACAGAUAUGGGAAGAGCACCUAUCUCACUUCAGAGCCAGUUGUAGCCCAAUACCCAUUUAAACUUCCUGGUCCACCUGGAACGCCUUUUGUAACGAGCACAUCAAAAGACAGCAUGGUGGUACAAUGGAAUGAACCAGUCAAUGAUGGUGGUAGCAAGAUCAUUGGGUAUCACUUGGAGCGCAAGGAGAGAAAUAGCAUUCUGUGGGCUAAGCUGAAUAGGACACCUAUUCCAGAUACCAAAUUUAAGACAACUGGCCUUGAGGAGGGUCUUGAAUAUGAGUUUAGAGUUUAUGCAGAAAACAUAGUAGGUAUUGGAAAAGCAAGUAGAGCAUCUGAAUGCUAUACUGCACAUGACCCAUGUGACCCUCCCGGACGUCCAGAACCUUUAAUUGUCACAAGAAGUUCAGUAACACUUCAGUGGAAGAAACCUAUAUAUGAUGGUGGAAGUAAGAUUACAGGUUAUGUUGUUGAAAAGAAAGAACUACCUGAUGGUCGCUGGAUGAAAGCAAGUUUUACAAAUGUAAUUGAUACCCAAUUUGAAGUAACUGGUCUGGUUGAAAACCAGAGAUAUGAGUUCCGUGUAAUAGCACGAAAUGCUGCAGGUGUUUUCAGUGAGCCAUCUGAGAGCUCGGGUGCCAUUACAGCAAGAGAUGAAGUAGAACCACCUCAUAUAACUAUGGAUCCAAAAUACAAAGACACAAUUGUAGUACAUGCUGGUGAAUCAUUCAAGUUGGAAGCCGAUGUUCAUGGCAAACCAAUACCUUCCAUUCAGUGGCUAAAAGGUGAUCAUGAGCUCACAAACACUGCUCGUAUGGAAAUUAAAAGUACGGAUUUUGCAACAACUCUCAGUGUGAAGGAAGCUAUUAGAGUUGACAGUGGUCAGUAUGUGCUAUUUGCAAAGAAUGUUGCCGGCGAAAAGAAAGUUCCUGUUCAUGUCAAAGUUCUUGAUAGACCUGGACCACCAGAAGGACCUGUUGAGAUUACAGGUGUCACUGCUGAAAAAUGUAUGUUAUCAUGGAAACCUCCACUACAAGAUGGCGGUAGUGAUAUUUCACAUUAUGUUGUGGAAAAAAGGGAAACCAGUCGCCUGGUUUGGACUGUUGUUGAUUCAAAUGUGCAAACUCUCAGUUGCAAAGUAACUAAACUUUUAGAAGGAAAUGAAUACAUUUUCCGUAUCAUGGCAGUAAACAAAUAUGGCGUUGGUGAACCUCUUGAAUCUGAACCAGUACUUGCAAAGAACCCAUUUGUAGUGCCACUUCCACCAAAGGCUCCAGAAGUCACAGCCAUUACCAAGGAUUCUAUGAUAGUUGUUUGGGAAAGGCCAGCCUCGGAUGGAGGUAGUGAAAUCCUAGGCUAUGUCCUUGAAAAACGGGACAAGGAAGGUAUUCGCUGGACAAGAUGUAACAAACGCCUGAUAAGUGAACUGCGAUACAGAGUGACUGGGCUGAUCGAAAGUCAUAAUUAUGAGUACAGAGUUUCAGCUGAAAAUGCUGCUGGUCUCAGUGAACCAAGCCUACCUUCUACUUACUAUAAGGCAUGCGAUCCUAUUUAUAAGCCAGGACCACCCAACAAUCCUAAGGUUGUGGAUGUUACAAGAUCAUCAGUUUUCCUUUCAUGGAGUAAACCUAUCUAUGAUGGUGGCUCUGAAAUUCAGGGAUACAUUGUAGAAAAAUGUGAUGUAAGUGAUGGUGAAUGGGCAAUUUGUACCCCUCCAACUGGAAUUAAGAACACCCAUAUGGAAGUAGAAAAACUAGUGGAAAAACAUGAAUACAAAUUCCGUGUCUGUGCAGUUAAUAAAGCAGGAGUUGGAGAUCAUGCAGAUGUUCCUGGUUCUGUUAUUGUGGAAGAAAAGAUGGAGGCUCCAGACCUUGACCUUGACAUGGAAUUAAGGAAGAUUGUAAACGUGCGGGCAGGAGGUUCCUUGAGACUGUUUGUUCCCAUCAGAGGUCGUCCAACACCUGAAGUAAAAUGGGGUAAAGUGGACGGUGAGAUCAGAGAGGCAGCCAUUAUUGACACCACUAGCAGCUUUACUUCCCUUGUUCUAGACAAUGUCAACAGAUUUGAUACUGGAAAAUAUACCCUGACUUUAGAAAACAGCAGUGGAACAAAGUCUGCCUUUGUCAGUGUAAGAGUACUGGAUACUCCAAGUGCACCUAUUAAUUUAAAAAUCAGAGAGAUCACUAAAGACUCUGUUUCACUUUCGUGGGAGCCUCCUCUCUUGGAUGGUGGAGCAAAAAUAAAGAAUUACAUUAUUGAAAAGCGUGAAGCAACAAGAAAGGCAUAUGCAGCUGUUGUAACAAACUGCCACAAGACUUCAUGGAAAGUAGAUCAACUUCAGGAGGGCUGCUAUUAUUUCUUUAGAAUCUCUGCUGAGAAUGAAUAUGGAAUUGGCCUCCCUGCAGAAACCAGUGACCCAAUUAAAGUUGCUGAAGUUCCUCAGCCUCCUGGGAAAAUAACAGUGGAUGAUGUCACAAGAAACAGUGUUUCACUAAGCUGGGCAAAACCUGAACAUGAUGGUGGCAGCAAAAUCAUACAAUAUAUUGUUGAAAUGCAAGCAAAGGGUAGUGAGAAGUGGUCAGAGUGUGCUCGUGUGAAAACACUUGAAGCAGUUAUUACUAACUUAACUCAAGGGGAAGAAUAUCUUUUUAGAGUAAUGGCUGUAAAUGAAAAGGGUAAGAGUGAUCCUAGAGCACUUGCGGUUCCAGUAGUUGCCAAAGACUUGGUGAUUGAACCUGAUGUAAGGCCCGCUUUUCACAGUUACAGUAUCCAAGUGGGACAAGAUCUGAAAGUAGAAGUACCAGUUUCAGGUCGACCUAAACCAACUGUUACCUGGGUAAAAGAUGGCCAGACACUAAGGCAGACAACAAGAGUCAAUGUCAGUGAUGUGCCAGAUCUCACUGUACUGAAUAUUAAAGAAACUAGCAAAGAGGACACUGGUACUUACGAAAUCACAGUGGCCAAUGUUGUUGGGCAGAAGACUGCCUCUAUUGAAAUUAUAACUCUAGACAAACCUGACCCUCCAGUUGGACCUGUGAAGUUUGAUGAAAUAAGUGCAGAAAGUGUUACCUUGUCAUGGAAUCCUCCAGCAUACACAGGUGGCUGUCAAAUCACCAACUAUGUUGUUCACAAGAGAGAUACAACAACCACUGUAUGGGAAACAGUUUCAGCUACUGUUGCAAGAACUGUACUAAAGGUGACUAAACUAAAAACUGGUUCAGAAUAUCAGUUCAGAAUAUUUGCUGAGAACAGGUAUGGGCAGAGCUUUGCAUUGGAAUCUGCACCAGUUGUAGCACAGUACCCAUACAAAGAACCUGGACCUCCUGGCACACCAUUUGUGACAAUAGUUACAAAAGACUCCAUGGUCGUACAAUGGCAUGAACCAAUAAAUGAUGGUGGCAGUAAGGUACUGGGCUACCAUCUUGAGAGAAAGGAGAAGAACAGCAUCUUAUGGAGUAAAGUGAAUAAGACUAUUAUUCAGGACACAAGUUUUAAGACAACUAACCUCGAAGAAGGAAUUGAAUAUGAAUUUAGAGUUUCUGCAGAAAAUAUUGUUGGUAUAGGUAAAACAAGUAAAGUUUCUGAGUGCUACGUAGCUCGUGAUCCAUGUGAUCCUCCAGGUCGCCCAGAAGCUAUAAUAAUAAAAAGAAGCUCUAUUACUCUACAGUGGACCAAACCAGAAUAUGAUGGUGGAAGUAAAAUUACUGGGUAUAUUGUAGAGAAACGUGACUUACCAGAUGGUCGCUGGAUGAAAGCUAGUUUCACAAAUAUCAUUGAAACUCAGUUCACUGUAACAGGGCUUACUGAAGACCAAAGAUACGAAUUUAGAGUCAUUGCAAAGAAUGCUGCAGGUGCAAUAAGUAAACCUUCUGACAGUACAGGACCAAUAACAGCAAGGGAUGAAGUUGAACUUCCACGAAUUUCAAUGGAUCCAAAGUACAAAGAGACAAUUGUUGUAAAUGCUGGUGAUACAUUCAGACUUGAGGCUGAUGUUCAUGGAAAGCCACUACCAACCAUUAAGUGGUACAAAGGAGAUAAAGAGCUUGAGGAAACUGCUAGAUAUGAGAUAAAGAACACAGAUUUCAGUGCAUUAAUAAUUGUAAAAGAUGCUAUUAGAAUUGAUGGUGGGCAGUUUAUUUUAGAAGCCUCUAAUGUUGCAGGAACAAAGACAGUACCAGUAAACGUAAAAGUCCUGGAUAGACCAGGCCCUCCUGUGGGCCCUGUCCAAGUAACCGGAGUUACAGCUGAAAAAUGUUCAUUGGCAUGGUCUCCUCCUCUUCAUGAUGGUGGCAGUGAUAUUUCUCAUUAUAUUGUAGAGAAGAGAGAAACUAGUCGCCUAGCAUGGACUGUUGUUGCUUCAGAGGUUCUACCUACAAUGCUGAAAGUAACAAAACUUUUGGAAGGAAAUGAAUAUAUUUUCCGUAUUAUGGCAGUUAACAAAUACGGAGUUGGUGAACCGCUGGAAUCUGUGCCCGUAAUGAUGAAAAAUCCAUUUGUGGUUCCUAGUCCACCAAAGGCCUUGGAAAUCACCAACAUCACAAAGGAUUCUAUGACUGUCUGCUGGAGCCGACCAGAUAGUGAUGGUGGUAGUGAAAUCAUAGGGUAUAUUGUAGAAAAGAGAGAUCGAGCAGGUAUCAGAUGGAUAAAAUGCAAUAAACGACGAAUUACAGAUCUGCGACUAAGAGUUACAGGAUUAACAGAGGAUCAUGAGUAUGAAUUCAGAGUUUCUGCUGAAAAUGCUGCUGGAUUGGGUGAGCCAAGCCAAGUUUCCCCUUACUUUAAAGCCUGUGACCCCAUGUUCAAGCCUGGCCCGCCUACAAAUGCCCAUGUUGUGGAUACCACUAAAAGUUCAGUUACACUUGGCUGGAGUAAACCUAUUUAUGAUGGUGGCUGUGAAAUCCAGGGAUAUCUUGUAGAAAUCUGCAAAGCAGAUGAAGAUGAAUGGUCACUUGUUACUCCACAGACAGGUAUACGUGCCACUCGAUUUGAAAUCAAAAAGCUUACUGAACAUCAGGAAUAUAAACUACGAGUUUGUGCUCUCAACAAGGUUGGUGUAGGAGAGGCUGCAUCAGUUCCUGGUACUAUUAAACCAGAAGACAAACUUGAAGCUCCAGAACUUGAUAUUGAUUCAGAGCUAAGGAAAGGGAUAGUGGUUAGAGCUGGUGGCUCUGCUAGGAUCCACAUACCAUUCAGGGGACGACCAGUACCUGACAUCACAUGGUCUCGAGAAGAAGGUGAAUUCACAGAAAAAGUUCAAAUUGAUAAAGGCGUAAACUACACACAACUCUCAAUUGACAACUGUGACAGAAAUGAUGCUGGAAAGUAUAUUCUUAAGUUGGAGAACAGCAGUGGUUCUAAAUCUGCUUUUGUUAUUGUAAAAGUCUUAGAUACGCCAGGACCACCACAAAACUUAAUAGUAAAGGAUAUAAAGAAGGAUUCUGCUGUACUAUCUUGGGAACCUCCAAUUACUGAUGGUGGUGCAAAGGUAAAGAACUACGUAAUAGACAAACGUGAGUCAACCAGGAAGGCAUUUGCAAAUGUAAGCGCAAAGUGUGGCAAGACAAGCUUUAAAGUUGAAAAUCUUACAGAAGGAGCAAUCUAUUACUUCAGAGUCAUGGCUGAGAAUGAAUUUGGAAUUGGUGUUCCAGCUGAAACAGCAGAUGCUGUGAAAGCCUCUGAGCCACCUCUGCCUCCUGGGAAAGUAACACUCACUGACGUUACUCAGAGAAGUGCAUCACUUACAUGGGAAAAACCAGAACAUGAUGGAGGUAGCAGAAUUUUGGGAUACAUUGUUGAAAUGUUGCCUAAAGGAGCAGAAAAAUGGAGUGUUGUUAGUGAGACCAAAACAUGCAGUGCAGUUGUUUCUGGUCUGAGUCCAGGCCAAGAAUAUCAAUUCCAUGUGAUUGCCUACAAUGAAAAAGGCAAAAGUGAUCCCAGAGCACUUGGAGUUCCUGUGAUAGCUAAAGACUUGACAAUUGAGCCAAGUUUUAAGUUGAUGUUUAAUACAUACAGUGUACAGGCUGGAGAAGAUUUGAAAGUAGAAGUACCAUUUAUAGGUAGACCAAAACCUACUAUUACUUGGACAAAAGAUGAACAGCCACUGAAACAAACAACCAGAUUAAAUAUUGAGAAUACAUCAACGUCAACUAUUCUACAUAUUAAAGAAAGCAACAAAGAAGACUUUGGUAAAUAUACAGUAACGGCAUCAAACACAGCAGGCACAGCAAGCGAGCAAUUGAGUAUAAUUGUACUGGAAAAACCUGGCCCACCACGAGGACCUGUGCGCUUUGAUGAAGUUAGCGCAGACUUUGUUGUUUUAUCAUGGGAUCCACCUGAUUAUACUGGUGGCUGUCAGAUAAGCAACUAUAUAGUAGAAAAGCGUGACACCAGCACUACCACAUGGAAUAUUGUGUCAGCAACUGUUGCAAGAACAACUAUCAAAGCAACAAAGCUUAAGACAGGUUCUGAAUACCAGUUCAGGAUUUCUGCUGAAAAUAGAUAUGGAAAGAGCUCUCCUUUGGACUCUAAGCCAGUUGUUGUGCAAUACCCCUACAAGGUGCCUGGGCCACCUGGAACCCCAUUUGUAACAGCAGCUUCCAAGGACCAUAUGAUUGUACAAUGGAAUGAACCAGUUAAUGACGGAGGAAGCAAAGUUCUUGGCUACCAUCUUGAACGUAAAGAUAAGAACAGCAUUCUUUGGAUAAAACAGAACAAGUCACUCAUUGCAGACACCACGUAUAAAACAGAUGGCCUUGAAGAAGGUCUUGAAUAUGAGUUCAGAGUUUCUGCUGAAAACAUUGUUGGCGUUGGCAAAGUCAGCAAAGUAUCAGAGUUAUAUGUUGCCCGAGAUCCAUGUGACCCACCUGGCCGCCCAGAGGCAAUUGUUGUUACAAGAAAUAACAUUACACUGAGGUGGAAGAAACCAGAAUAUGAUGGUGGAAGCAAAAUAACUGGAUAUAUUGUAGAAAAGAAAGAACUACCAGACGGUCGGUGGAUGAAAGCCAGCUUUACAAACGUUUUAGAAACAGAGUUUACAGUAAGUGGUCUUGUCGAAGACCAACGAUAUGAAUUCAGAGUCAUUGCAAGAAAUGCAGCUGGUUGCUUGAGUGAACCAUCUGAAAGUACAGGGCCCAUUACAGCCAGAGAUGAAAUUGAAGCACCGGGAGCUUCUCUGGAUCCUAAAUACAGAGAUGUCAUUGUUGUUCAUGCUGGAGAAACCUUUAUUCUUGAGGCUGAUAUUCAUGGUAAACCUAUUCCUGACAUUACGUGGUCAAAAGAUGGUAAAGACCUUGAAGAAACAACUGCAAGAAUGGAAAUUAAAUCUACUAUUCAGAAAACAACUCUUACAGUCAAAGACUGUGUAAGAGUAGAUGGAGGUCACUAUACUCUUAACCUCAGAAACGUUGGUGGCACAAAAUCUAUACCUAUUACUGUAAAAGUGCUAGAUAGGCCAGGACCUCCAGAAGGACCUUUGAAGGUUACAGGUGUAACAGCAGAAAAAUGCUACUUGGCAUGGGCUCCGCCUUUACAUGAUGGUGGUUCCAGUAUCUCACAUUAUAUCAUUGAGAAGAGAGAGACAAGCAGGCUUUCAUGGACACAAGUAGCUACAGAUGUGCAAGCCCUUAGCCACAAAGUAACUAGACUCCUUGCUGGCAAUGAGUACAUUUUCCGUGUAAUGGCAGUGAACAAAUACGGAACAGGAGAACCUUUGGAAUCUGAGCCAGUUGUGGCCUGUAAUCCAUACAAACCCCCCGGUCCUCCUUCAACACCUGAAGUUUCAGCAAUCACAAAGGACUCAAUGGUUGUAACGUGGAGUCGUCCAGAAGACAAUGGGGGAGCUGAAAUUGAAGGAUACAUACUUGAAAAACGAGACAAAGAUGGCGUCCGGUGGACCAAAUGCAAUAAGAAACGGCUGACAGACUUGCGACUCCGAGUAACAGGUCUUACUGAUGGGCAUUUCUAUGAAUUUAGAGUUUCUGCUGAAAAUGCUGCGGGUGUAGGGGAACCCAGUGAGCCGUCCAUUUUCUAUCGUGCUUGUGAUGUAUUAUAUCCACCAGGUCCACCAAGCAAUCCAAAGGUUACAGAUACUUCCAGGUCAUCAGUUUCUCUUGCCUGGGGUAAGCCCAUUUAUGAUGGUGGUGCUCCAGUUAAGGGAUAUGUAGUAGAAGCAAAAGAAGCAGCUGCUGAUGAAUGGACUACUUGCACCCCACCAACAGGGCUACAAGCAAAACAAUUCACUGUAACAAAACUUAAAGAGAACCAGGAGUACAACUUCCGCAUCUGUGCCAUCAACUCAGAAGGAGUAGGAGAACCUGCUACUAUACCUGGCACAGUUAUAGCAGCGGACAAGACUGAACCUCCUGAAAUUGAACUUGAUGCAGAUCUCAGAAAAGUAGUCAUUGUACGUGCCAGUGGUACCUUACGUCUGUUUGUCACUAUCAAAGGAAGACCAGAACCUGAAGUUAAAUGGGAGAAAGCAGAAGGAACAAUUAGUGAUCGAGCUCAGAUCGAAGUCACUAGUUCCUACACAAUGUUGGUAAUUGACAAUGUGAAUCGAUUUGAUAGUGGCAGAUACAAUCUAACUUUAGAGAACAACAGUGGCAAAAAAACAGCUUUUGUUAAUGUCAGAGUGCUUGAUACACCUAGCGCACCAGUGAACCUGACAGUCAGAGAAGUGAAAAAAGAUUUUGUAACACUGGCGUGGGAACCACCACUUAUUGAUGGUGGAGCUAAAAUUACCAACUAUGUAGUUGAAAAGCGAGAAUCUACAAGAAAAGCAUAUGCCACAAUUACAAAUAACUGCACUAAGAAUUCCUUCAAAAUUACUCAGCUACAAGAAGGAUCUAGUUAUUAUUUCCGUGUUCUAGCUGUAAAUGAAUAUGGGGCUGGCUUACCAGCAGAAACACCUGAGCCAAUUAAGGCUUCAGAACCACCUUCUCCACCUGCAAAGGUCAUUCUUGUUGAUGUAACUCGCAACUCUGCUUCAAUUAAAUGGGAAAAGCCAGAGAGUGAUGGUGGCAGUAAAAUUACUGGUUAUAUAGUAGAAAUGCAAACUAAAGGAAGUGUAAAAUGGAGCGCAUGUACCCAAGUAAAAACAUUAGAAGCAACAAUAACAGGAUUAACUAUGGGAGAAGAAUACAGUUUCAGAGUGAUUGCUACUAAUGAAAAAGGGAAAAGUGAUCCAAGAGAACUUGGUGUCCCAGUCAUUGCAAAAGAUAUUGAAAUCCAGCCAUCUGCUGAGCUCCUUUUCAACACAUUCACUGUGAAAGCUGGAGAAGAUCUUAAGAUUGAUGUGCCAUUCAGAGGGCGACCUCUUCCAUCCAUUUGCUGGAAGAAGGAUGGGAAUCCCUUAAAAGAGACAACCAGGGUGAAUGUUCAGACAUCAAAGACUUCAACUUCACUAUCCAUCAAGGAAGCUUCACAUGAAGAUCUGGGACAUUAUGAGUUACAUCUUUCAAAUUCUGCUGGAUCAACAACUGCUUCUUUAACUGUAGUUGUUCUUGACAGACCAGGACCACCAACUGAUGUUCAUAUUGAUGAAGUUAGUGCUGAUAGUGUAACUUUGUCUUGGAAACCUCCAGAAUAUGAUGGUGGGUGCCAUAUUAGCAAUUACAUUGUGGAGAAACGAGACACUACCACAACAACCUGGGACAUAGUAUCUGCAGCAGUUGCAAGAACAUCAAUUAAAGUAUCACGACUUACUACCGGUUCUGAAUAUCAGUUCCGUAUUAGCGCAGAAAAUCGUUACGGGAAGAGCACACAUGUUAAUUCUCCAUCUGUUGUGGCAGAAUAUCCAUUUAAGCCCCCAGGACCUCCUGGUACUCCUCAUGUGGCACAUGCAACUAAAGCUUUCAUGAUUGUAACUUGGCAGGUACCAGUUAACGAUGGAGGUAGCAGAGUACUAGGAUAUCACUUGGAACGUAAAGAAAGAAGCAGCAUUCUUUGGGCAAAAGUCAACAAAAGUCUUAUAACUGAUACACAGAUGAAAGUUACAGGUCUUGAUGAAGGUCUGAUGUAUGAAUAUCGUGUGUAUGCUGAAAACAUUGCAGGCAUAGGCAAAUGCAGUAAAUCAUGUGAACCAGUUGCUGCAAGAGAUCCGUGUGAUCCUCCUGGUCAACCAGAAGUUACUAAUAUUACAAGAACAAGUGUCUCACUGAAAUGGACUAAACCAGAAUAUGAUGGUGGAGCUAAAGUAACAGGAUAUAUUAUUGAGCGCAGAGAGAUUCCAGAUGGUCGCUGGUUAAAGUGUAAUUUCACAAAUGUGCAAGAAACAUACUUUGAUGUAGGUGGACUUACAGAAGACCAGCGUUACGAAUUCCGUGUGAUUGCAAAGAAUGCUGCUGGACUCUUCAGUCAGCCAUCUGAAUCAACCGGACCUGUGACUGUAAAAGAUGAUGUAGAAGCUCCAAGAAUUAUGAUGGAUGUCAAAUUCAGAGAUGUUGUAGUUGUGAAAGCUGGAGAAGUGUUUAAAGUCAAUGCUGAUAUUGCAGGGCGGCCAAUACCAGUAAUUUCAUGGACAAAAGAUGGCAAAGAACUUGAGGGAAAAGCUAGAGUUGAAAUAGCCUCAACAGACUACGCUACUGCAAUAACAGUUAAGGACUGUAUCCGAGGUGAUUCAGGACAGUAUGUACUAACAUUACAAAAUGUUGCAGGAACAAAAUCUUUGGCAAUUAAUUGCAAAGUACUUGACAGACCUGGCCCACCAGCAGGCCCACUAGAAAUAACUGGCCUUACUGCUGAAAAGUGUCAUUUAUCAUGGGGACCUCCUCAAGAGAAUGGAGGUGCAGAUAUUGAUUAUUAUGUUGUAGAAAAACGUGAGACCAGCAGAAUUGCAUGGACAAUUUGUGAAGGAGAGCUUAAGACAACAUCCUGUAAAGUGACAAAACUGCUGAAGGGUAAUGAGUAUAUUUUUAGAGUGAUGGGAGUUAACAAAUAUGGUGUUGGUGAGCCUCUAGAAAGUGUUGCUGUCAAAGCCUUAGACCCAUUUACAGUUCCAAGUCCACCUACUUCUUUGGAGAUCACCAGUGUAAGCAAAGAUUCAAUAACUUUGUGCUGGGCAAGACCUGAGUCUGAUGGAGGCAAUGAGAUCUCUGGCUACGUAAUUGAAAGACGUGAGAAAACUAGCCUAAGAUGGAUACGUGUAAACAAAAAGCCGGUAUAUGAUUUAAGAGUGAAAUCAUCUGGUCUCCGUGAAGGAUGUGAAUAUGAAUUCCGAGUUUAUGCAGAAAAUGCUGCUGGUCUCAGCCUUCCAAGCCAAAGCACACCAUUAAUUCGGGCAGAAGAUCCAAUCUUCUUGCCCUCUCCCCCAUCUAAACCAAAGAUUAUGGAUUCCACAAGGUCAAAUAUCACAAUUGGGUGGACAAAGCCACUGUUUGAUGGAGGCGCUCCAGUAACUGCAUACACAGUUGAAUACAAGAAAACUGAUGAAACUGACUGGACAACUGCUAUUCAGAACUUAAGAGGUACAGAGUACACCAUAAGUGGGUUAGUGUCUGGCUCUGAAUAUGUCUUCAGAGUGAAAUCCAUCAACAAAAUGGGUGUCAGUGAACCAAGUGACAGCUCAGAACCUCACUUGGCAAAAGAAAGAGAGGAAGAACCUGCUUUCGAUAUUGACAGUGAAAUGCGAAAGACACUAACUGUAAAGGCUGGUGAAUCAUUCACAAUGACAGUUCCUUUCAGAGGCAAACCAGUCCCAAAUGUAACAUGGAACAAACCAGAUACUGAUCUCCGUACACGAGCAAGCAUUGAUGUUUCAGAUAAUCGCACAUCUCUUACUAUUGAAAAGGCAACAAGAAAUGAUUCUGGAAAAUACACGUUAACGUUACAAAACGUCCUGAACACUGUUACCUUGACUUUAGUUGUCAAAGUUCUUGACACUCCUGGCCCGCCAUCUCAUGUAACAACAAAAGAUGUAACUAAAGAAUCUGCUGUGUUAUCUUGGGAUGUUCCUGAUAACGAUGGUGGGGCACCUGUGAAGAACUACGUCAUUGAAAAACGAGAAGCUAGCAAGAAAGCAUGGGUCACUGUGACGAAUAAUUGUCAUCGCCUGUCAUAUAAAGUAACUGGUUUACAAGAAGGUGCCAUUUACUACUUCAGAGUUUCUGGAGAGAAUGAGUAUGGUGUUGGAGUGCCUUCUGAGACCAAGGAGGGAACUAAAAUAACAGAAAAACCCAGCCCACCAGAAAAACUUGGAGUGACAAACGUCACAAAGGACAGUGUUUCUCUGUCAUGGCUAAAACCAGAACAUGAUGGUGGAAGCAGAAUUGUGAGCUACCUCAUUGAGGCUCUUGAGAAAGGACAGCAGAAAUGGGUUAAGUGUGCAGUUGUAAAGACAACUCAUCAUGUUGUCCAUGGUCUUAAGGAGAAUGUUGACUAUUUCUUCAGAGUGUCUGCAGAAAACCAAGCAGGGUUAAGUGAUCCUAAGGAACUACUUCUUCCUGUUACAGUUAAAGAACAAUUAGAAUCUCCUGAGAUUGACAUGAAGGGCUUCCCUCACAACACUGUGUAUGUUCGGGCAGGUUCAAACCUGAAAGUUGAAAUUCCAGUUUCUGGAAAACCAUUGCCAAAGGUGACAUUGUCUAGAGAUGGCGCACCAAUCAAACCCACCUUGAGAUUUCACACAGAAACGACAGCAGAAAGUUUCAUUGUUAACCUUAAAGAAAGUGUGGCUGCUGAUGCUGGCAGAUAUGAUAUUACUGCUGCUAAUUCGAGUGGCACCACAAAGUCAUUCAUUAAUAUUGUUGUGCUGGAUAGACCAGGUCCUCCUGUUGGUCCUGUUGUCCUUAGUGAUAUCACUGAGGAGAGUGUAACACUCAGAUGGCAGCCACCAGCUUAUGAUGGCGGAAGUCAAGUUACCAACUAUAUUGUACUGAAAAGAGAAACAAGUACCGCUGCCUGGUCUGAGGUCUCUGCAACCGUUGCUAGAACUGUUAUUAAAGUCAUGAAACUCACAACAGGAGAAGAAUACCAAUUCCGCAUCAAAGCUGAGAACCGCUUUGGCAUCAGCGAUCACGUUGACUCACAAUGUGUAGUUGUCAAACUUCCUUACACUACCCCUGGUCCUCCUUCCACACCGUGGGUCACUAGCGUCACCCGAGAGAGUAUUACAGUCGGAUGGCACGAACCAGUCACUAAUGGUGGCAGCCCUGUCAUUGGAUACCACUUGGAAAUGAAGGACAGGAAUAGUAUAUUAUGGCAGAAGGCUAACAAGACCCUCAUUCGCACAACUCACUUUAAAGUCACCACCAUCAGUGCCGGCCUUAUCUAUGAAUUUAGAGUUUAUGCUGAAAAUGCAGCUGGCAUUGGAAAAGCAAGUCAUCCUUCUGAUCCGGUCCUUGCAAUUGAUGCUUGUGAACCACCAAGAAAAGUUCGUGUCUCAGAUAUUUCCAAGACUGCUAUUACUUUGUCAUGGCAGAAGCCAGCAUUUGAUGGUGGUAGCAAGAUCACUGGAUACAUUGUAGAAAAACGUGAUCUACCAGAUGGCAGAUGGUCAAAAGCUAGUUUCACCAAUGUUAUUGAGACUCAGUUCACAGUAUCUGGUCUGACACAGAAUUCCCAGUAUGAAUUCCGAGUCUUUGCCAAGAAUGCUAUUGGUUCCAUUAGUAAUCCAUCAGACGUUGUGGGUCCUGUUACCUGUGUUGAUACAUAUGGUGCACCUGAAAUCGAUGUGCCACCAGAAUAUACAGAAGUAGUGAAAUACAAAGCAGGAACUUCUAUUAAGCUAAAACUAGGCAUUUCAGGAAAGCCUAUACCAACAAUUGAAUGGUUCAAAAAUGGCAAUGAGCUGCAAAGCAGUUCACUACUGUCUAUCGAGAACACAACAGAAUUUGCUUCUAUACUCAUCAAGGAUGCAACCCGACUUAACAGUGGCACCUAUGAACUAAAACUGAAGAAUGCCAUGGGAUCAGCCUCAGCCCAUGUGCGAUUACAGAUACUCGACAAACCUGGACCCCCAACUGGACCAAUACAGUUUAAGACAGUCACUGCAGAAAAGAUCACAAUAAUGUGGGACCCUCCAGCAGAUGAUGGUGGUGCACCUGUAACACACUAUGUUGUUGAAAAGCGGGAGACAAGUCGUGUUGUAUGGUCUUUAGUUUCUGAGAAAGAGGAGGGGUGUAUUAUAACUACAACAAAAGUUGUCAAAGGAAAUGAAUAUGUGUUCCGUGUCCGUGGUGUGAACAAGUUUGGAGUUGGUGAUUCCUUGGAGUCUGAACCAGUUAUAGCCAAAAACUCAUUUGUUGCACCUGGACCACCUGGUGUACCAGAAGUCACAAUGAUAACCAAGAAUUCUAUGACUGUUGUCUGGAGUAGGCCCACUGUUGAUGGAGGUAGCGAAAUAUCAGGAUAUUUUCUUGAGAAGCGUGACAAGAAGAGUCUUAGCUGGUUCAAGGUUACUAAGGAAACCAUUCGUGACACCAGACAGAAAGUAACAGGUCUGACUGAAAACAGUGAAUAUCAUUUCCGAGUCUGUGCUGUCAAUGCGGCUGGACAAGGUCCAUUCUGUGAAGCAUCUGACUUCUACAAAGCUGUAGAUCCUGUUGAUAAGCCAGGCUCACCAACAAAAUUGAAGGUUGUGGAUACAACUAAGACAUCUGUCACCCUUGGCUGGAUUAAACCUACUUAUGAUGGAGGAAGCCCGAUUACCAGCUAUGUGGUUGAGAAAAGGGAAGGUGAAGAGCAAGAAUGGACUAUAGUCAGCUCUAAGGGAGAAGUGAGAACAACUGAAUAUGUUGUAUCCCACCUUCAGCCAAGCGUUAAUUAUUAUUUCCGCGUCUCUGCUAUAAAUUGUGCUGGACAAGGAGAGCCAAUUGAAAUGACAGAGCCUGUUCAAGCUAAAGAUAUUCUCGUGGCACCAGAGAUUGAUCUGGAUGUUGCCCUCCGGACCUCUAUCAUUGCUAAAGCAGGUGAAGAUGUGGAAAUAAUGAUUCCAUUCAAAGGAAGACCUCCUCCAACUGUCACAUGGAGAAAGGGUGACAAAAAUCUCGGAACUGAUGAAAAAUAUAUCAUCCAGAAUACAGAAUCAUCAACAUUACUUUCUAUUCCUCAAGUUACCCGAGAUGACACAGGAAAAUAUGUUCUUACAAUUGAAAAUGGAGUUGGAGAACCCAAAUCAUCAUUUGUGAAUGUGAAGGUACUUGACACACCAUCUGCCUGCCAGAAGCUGCAGCUUAAGCAUGUUUCUCGUGGCACAGUUACACUGGUAUGGGAGCCACCUCUCAUUAAUGGUGGUUCUGAAAUAACAAAUUAUGUUGUUGAAAAAAGAGAUGCUACAAAGAGGGCCUGGUCAACUGUAACAACAAAGUGUUCUCAAACUACCUUUAAGCUAACUAACCUGUCAGAAAAGACUGCGUUCUUCUUCCGUGUUCUUGCUGAAAAUGAAAUUGGACUGGGUGAGCCUUGUGAGACAUCUGAACCAGUGAAAGCUGCAGACGUACCAGGACCUAUAAAAGACCUUGCCAUGAAAGAUUCUACAAAAACUUCUGUUAAAUUGCAUUGGAGCAAACCGGACUAUGAUGGUGGUAGCAUUAUAUCAGACUACAUUAUUGAAAAGAAACUGCAGGAGGAAAAGGAAUGGACAUACGCAGGCACAAGCAAGAGCUGUGAAUUUGAAGUUGAAAGACUUAAAGAGCUGUCUGUCAUGGAAUUCAGAGUCUUUGCAAAAAAUGAAAAAGGCAUGAGUGAUGGUGUUACUGUUGGACCCAUUACAGUGAAAGAAUAUAUAAUAACACCAGAAGCUGACCUUUCUGACAUUCCUGGAGGUCAAAUCACUGUGCGAAUUGGGCAUAACCUUCACAUUGAACUGCCCUAUAAGGGUAAACCUAAGCCAUCAAUGAGCUGGCUGAAGGACAACCUCCCUCUUAAAGAAACUGAACAUCUUCGUUUCAAGAAAACUGAAAACAAGAUAAGCUUAAGUAUCAAGAAUGUGAAAAAGGAGCAUGGUGGCAAAUAUACUUUGAUUCUUGAUAAUGUUGUCUCCAGAAAAACAUUUACAAUCACUGUCAUCACUCUUGGUCCACCAUCUAAGCCAAAAGGACCCUUAAGACUAGAUGAAGUCAAAGCAGAUAGUGUAGUUUUGUCAUGGGAAGCUCCUGAAGAUGAUGGGGGAGGUGAAAUUACUGGCUACAGUAUUGAGAAAAGAGAAACUUCUCAAAUGAACUGGAAGCUGGUGUGCUCGAGUGCUGCUAGAACAACUUUCAAAGUACCAAACCUCGUUAAAGACACUGAAUAUCAGUUUAGAGUCCGUGCAGAAAACAGAUACGGAGUAAGCCCACCUCUUGUCUCAGCAGAUGUUGUGGCAAAGCAUCAAUUCAGAACACCAGGUGCACCAGGCAAGCCUGUUGUAUACAAUGUAACUGCUGAUGGAAUGACCAUAGCGUGGGAUGCUCCUGCUUAUGAUGGUGGUUCAGAAAUCAUUGGCUACCACGUUGAAAAGAAGGAGAGAAACAGUAUUUUGUGGCAGAAGGUUAAUGUUGCAUUAAUAUCUAACAGAGAAUACAGGAUUACUGGGCUAGUUGAGGGUCUGGAUUACCAGUUCCAAGUGUAUGCAGAAAACACUGCCGGUCUAAGCCGAGCCAGCGAGCCAAGCAAGUUUACUUUGGCAGUCUCUCCAGUAGAUCCACCUGGUACUCCUGAUUACAUUGAUGUCACCAGAGAAACAGUCACUCUUAAAUGGACCCCCCCACUGCGUGAUGGAGGCAGUAAGAUUGUGGCCUACAGUAUUGAGAAGCGGCAAGGAAGUGAAGACCGGUGGCUGAGAUGUAACUUUACUGAUGUCAGUGAAUGCCAAUAUACAGUUACAGGACUUAGUCCAGGUGAUCGAUAUGAAUUCAGAGUGCUUGCAAGAAAUGCUGUUGGUACCAUCAGCCCACCUUCACAGUCUUCAGGCUAUAUCAUGACCAGAGAUGAAAAUGUUGCUCCAACAAUUGAAUUUGGCCCUGAGCACUUUGAAGGCCUAACUGUUAAAGCUGGAGAGAGCAUUAGACUUAAAGCUUUAAUUAAAGGACGUCCAGUACCUAAGGUGACAUGGUUUAAGGAUGGCAAGGAGAUUGAAAAAACAAUGAGUAUAGAAAUAACUACAGGUAUUGGAUAUAGCACAAUCUUCAUUAGAGAUGCUACCCGGGAUCAUCGUGGAGUGUACACAGUAGAAGCCAAAAAUGCAUCAGGCACUAAACGAGAAGAUAUUACAUUCAGAAUACAAGACACGCCAGGAAAAGUCGGUGGACCAAUACGAUUCACAAACAUCACUGGAGAAAAAGUGACAUUAUGGUGGGAGCCUCCUGCUAAUGAUGGUUGUGCUUCUAUUUCCCACUACAUCAUUGAAAAGCGUGAAACCAGCAGGAUUGCAUGGGCAUUAGUUGAUGACAAGUGUGAAGCUUGCAGCUACACUGCACUUAAAUUAAUUAAAGGCAAUGAGUACCAGUUCCGUGUCUCUGCAGUAAACAAAUUUGGAGUUGGCAGACCAUUGGAGUCUGAUCCAGUUGUAGCACAAAUACCUUACACUCUUCCUGAUGCCCCAGGAACACCAGAGCCCACUAACGUAACAGGAGACAGUAUCACUCUGACAUGGGCAAGACCAAAGUCAGAUGGUGGAAGUGAGAUAAAUGAAUAUAUUCUAGAAAGGAGAGAAAAGAAGAGCAUGCGCUGGGUUAAAGUGAUCAGUAAGAGGCCCAUUGCUGAGAACAGAUACAGAGUAACUGGCCUUAUUGAAGGCAACGAAUAUGAAUUCCAUGUCAUGGCUGAAAAUGCUGCAGGAGUUGGACCUCCAAGUGAUGUUUCAAAGCUAAUUAAAUGCAGAGAACCAGUUAGCCCACCUAGUGCACCUAAUGUCGUAAAGGUGACGGAUACAUCAAAGACUAGUGUAAGCUUAGAGUGGACCAAACCAGUUUUUGAUGGCGGUAUGGAAAUAAUUGGAUACAUUAUUGAGAUGUGCAAAGCUGAUCUAGAAACAUGGCAGAAAGUCAAUGCAGAGACUGUUCUUGCUACUAAAUAUACCGUGGUUGAUCUGGAGGCAGGAGAACACUAUAAAUUCAGAGUGAGUGCAGUCAAUGGUGCUGGCAAAGGAGAAAGCUGUGAAGUUCCUGCAUCAGUCCAAACUGUAGACAGGCUUUCUGCACCUGAAAUUGACAUUGAUGCAAACUUCAAGCAGACUCACAUUGUGAGAGCAGGUGCAAGUAUUCGCCUAUUUAUUGCCUUCUCUGGAAGACCUGUUCCUACUGCUGUGUGGUCCAAAGCAGAUGCAAAUCUGAGCUUGCGUGCUGACAUUCAAACCACUGACUCAUUUAGCACAUUGACUGUGGAGGAAUGCAAUAGAAACGAUGCUGGCAAAUAUGUCUUUACUGUGGAAAACAACAGUGGAAGUAAGUCAAUUACAUUUACUGUCAAGGUGUUGGACACUCCUGGUCCACCUGGUCCUAUUACAUUUAAGGAUGUGACCCGAGGAUCUAUUACUUUAAUGUGGGAUGCUCCUGUACUGGAUGGAGGUUCACGUAUUCAUCACUACAUUGUGGAAAAACGGGAAGCAAGCCGUCGUAGCUGGCAAGUGGUGAGUUCAAAAUGCACUCGACAAAUCUUUAAGGUCACUGAUCUGGCAGAAGGUGUUCCAUAUUACUACCGAGUGUCAGCAGAAAAUGAAUAUGGCGUAGGUGAACCUUGUGAGUUGACGGAACCAAUUGUAGCCACUGAAGAACCUGCACCACCUAAGAGAUUAGAUAUUGUUGAUACUACCAAAUCUUCUGUAGUUUUAGCUUGGCUUAAACCUGACCAUGAUGGUGGUAGUCGUGUUACUGGAUACCUUCUUGAAAUGAAACAGAAAGGCUCUGACAAAUGGAUUCCGGCUGGUCAAACCAAGCAACUUACUUUCACUGUUGAAGGCCUUGUGGAAAACACUGAAUAUGAGUUCCGGGUCAAGGCAAAGAACGAUGCUGGCUACAGUGAGCCAAGAGAAGCUUUCUCUUCUGUUAUUAUUAAAGAGCCACAGAUUGAACCAACAGCAGAUCUCAGUGAAAUAAGCAGACAACUCAUAACAUGCAAGGCUGGAAGCACUUUUACUAUUGAUAUACCAAUUAGUGGCCGCCCAGCUCCAAAAGUGACAUGGAAACUUGAGGAGAUGAGGCUGAAGGAAACUGAGAGAGUUACCAUCAAGACAACAAAAGACAGAACCACACUGACUGUAAAGGACAGUAUGAGAGGCGACUCUGGGAAAUACUACCUCACGCUUGAAAACACUGCUGGCGUGAAAACAUUCACUGUCACAGUGGUAGUCAUAGGACGGCCAGGUCCAGUCACUGGCCCAAUUGAAAUAUCAUCGGUCUCUGCUGAAUCCUGUGUGUUGACCUGGAAAGAACCUGAAGACGAUGGUGGCAGUGAUAUUACAAACUACAUUGUAGAGAAACGUGAAUCUGGCACAACAGCAUGGCAGCUGGUAAAUUCGAGUGUAAAACGUACACAGAUCAAAGUCACCCGUCUCACAAAAUACCAGGAGUACAGUUUUCGAGUAAGCUCAGAAAACAGAUUUGGAGUCAGCAAACCCCUUGAAUCAAAAACUGUAGUUGCUGAACAUCCAUUUGUCCCACCAAGCCCACCUUCAAGGCCAGAAGUCUAUUCCGUGUCUGCAAAUGCCAUGGCAAUUCGUUGGGAGGAACCCUAUCAUGAUGGUGGCAGCAAAGUCAUUGGAUACUGGGUUGAAAAGAAAGAGCGCAACACCAUCCUUUGGGUGAAGGAAAAUAAAGUGCCAUGCUGUGAAUGCAACUUCAAAAUCACUGGGCUGGUGGAAGGGCUAGAAUAUCAAUUCAGAACCUAUGCUCUAAAUGCUGCAGGUGUUAGCAAAGCUAGUGAAGCUUCCAGACCUGUAGUGGCUCAAAAUCCAGUUGAUCCACCGGGAAGGCCAGAAGUAACAGAUGUCACCAGAUCUACAGUGUCCCUGAGCUGGUCACCACCACUUUACGAUGGUGGAAGUAAAGUUAUUGGAUACAUCAUUGAACGGAAACCAUAUAAUGAAUCUGGCGAUGGACGCUGGCUGAAAUGCAAUUAUACCAUAGUCUCAGAAAACUUCUUUACAGUGACAGCUCUUGGUGAAGAUGAAGCAUAUGAAUUCCGUGUUCUAGCAAAGAAUGCAGCUGGCGUGAUUAGCAAAGGAUCUGAAUCAACUGGUGCUGUCAUUUGCAAAGAUGAAUACUCACCACCAAAGGCUGAACUCGAUGCCAGGUUGCAGGGAGAAGUUGUAACCAUUAGGGCUGGAUCUGAUCUUGUUCUUGAUGCGGCCAUUGGUGGGAAACCAGAACCAAAAGUCUUCUGGUCCAAAGGAGAUAAGGAAUUGGACCUAUGUGAAAAGAUAUCUCUGCAGUACACCAGCAAACGAGCCAUUGCAAUUAUCAAGUUCUGUGACAGAAGUGAUAGUGGAAAAUAUACUCUAACAGUGAAAAAUGCCAGUGGGACAAAGCAAAUUUCUGUUCUUGUCAAAGUGCUUGAUUCACCAGGUCCAUGCGCAGGAAAAAUCACAGUAAGCAGGAUAACUGAAGAGAAGUGCACUCUGGCGUGGAAUAUUCCUGAGGAGGAUGGAGGUGCACAAAUCACUCACUACAUUGUAGAAAGGCGCGAAACCAGCAGACUUCACUGGGUCAUUGUUGAGGCCGAAUGCCAGACAUUAUCAUGUGUGGUAACAAAACUUAUUAAAAAUAACGAGUACAUCUUCCGUGUCAGAGGUGUCAACAAAUAUGGGCCAGGUGUUCCACUUGAAACAGAACCUAUCAUUGCCAGGAAUGCUUUCACUAUCCCAACACAGCCUGGUACUCCUGAAGAAGUGAGUGUUGGCAAGGAACACAUCAUCAUUCAGUGGACAAAACCAGAAUCAGAUGGUGGCAGUGAGAUUAAGGAUUAUCUUGUAGACAAACGUGAAAGGAAAAGUCUGCGCUGGACACGAGUGAACAGAGAUUACACUAUUUAUGAUACCAGACUGAAAGUUACUGGUCUUAUGGAAGGUGGUCAGUACCAGUUCCGUGUCACUGCAGUGAAUGCUGCUGGAAACAGCGAGCCUAGCGAAGCUUCACAAUAUAUGUUAUGCAAGGAACCAUCAUAUACUCCUGCAGCACCUUCAGCUCCAAGAGUUGUGGACACUACUAUGCACAGCAUAAGUUUAGCGUGGUCAAAGCCCACAUAUGAUGGUGGUGCUGACAUCUUAGGCUACGUUCUUGAGAUGAAGGAAGAAGGUACUGAACAGUGGUACCGACCACAUACAACUCCCACUCUGAGGAAUGCUGAGUUCACCGUAACUGGUCUUAAAACAACCCAGAAAUACCAAUUUAGAGUUGCUGCUACCAAUGUGAAUGGUAUGAGUGAAUUUAGUGAAUCAUCAGCAGAAAUAGAACCUGUGGAAAGAAUAGAAAAACCUGAGCUUGAGCUUGCUGAUGACCUGAGGAAGACAGUAACAGUGAGAGCUGGUGGUUCCCUGCGUCUGAUGGUCUCUGUGUCGGGUAGACCUGCUCCUGUAAUCACAUGGAGCAAGCAGGGUAUUGACCUUGUAAGUCGAGGUAUUAUUGAUACUACAGACAGCUACACUCUACUUAUUGUGGAUAAAGUUAAUCGGUACGAUGCUGGAAAGUAUGUAAUUGAAGCUGAAAAUCAAUCAGGAAAAAAAUCAGCAACUAUUUCUGUGAAAGUGUAUGAUACACCCGGUCCACCAGCUGCAGUGAGAAUUAAGGAAGUAUCAAGAGAUUCUGCAACACUUACUUGGGACAUUCCAACCAUUGAUGGUGGAGCCCCUGUCAGCAAUUAUAUAAUUGAGAAACGUGAAGCUUCCAUGAGAGCUUACAAGACUGUCACUACCAAAUGCAGCAAGACAUUUUAUAGAGUUACUGGACUUCUGGAAGGAGCUUUGUAUUAUUUCAGAGUACUGCCAGAAAAUAUUUAUGGCAUUGGUGAAGCUUGUGAAACAUCUGACGCAGUAUUAGUAUCUGAUGUACCUAUGCCACCACAAAAACUGGAAGUGAUCGACACCACCAAAUCAACUGUUACUCUUGCUUGGGAGAAACCACCACAUGAUGGUGGCAGCAGAUUGACUGGCUAUGUUAUUGAGGCCAGCAAAGCUGGAACAGAAAGAUGGUUGAAGGUAGUGACAGUAAAGCCUACUGUCUAUGAACAUACGAUUAUCUCUCUCAAUGAAGGCGAACAGUACUUGUUCAGGGUCAGAGCACAGAAUCAGAAGGGUGUUUCAGAAGCACGAGAGAUUGUCACAGCAGUAACAGUACAGGACCAAAAAGUUCUGCCGACAAUUGACCUUGCCGGAAUACCUCAGAAGACAAUUCAUGUACCUGCUGGCAAGCCCAUCGAGUUAGCUAUUCCAAUUGGAGGACGGCCACCUCCAGCUGCAUCUUGGUUCUUGGCUGGUUCUAAACUAAAAGAAUCAGAACGCAUCAAAAUGGAGACUGCUGCCAAAAUGGCUAAACUGACAGUUCGUGAGACCACCAUUCAUGACACUGGAGAGUAUACACUUGAACUGAAGAACACAACUGGAACAGUUACUGAUACAGUAAAAGUUAUAAUCCUUGACAAACCUGGACCACCUGUUGGACCUAUCCGAAUUGAUGAAAUUGAUUCAAAUUAUGUAACCAUCUCCUGGGAGCCACCUGAGCUGGACGGUGGAGCUACACUUAGUGGCUAUGUGGUAGAGCAGCGUGACGCUCACCGUCCUGGAUGGCUGCCAGUUUCAGAGUCGGUAACCAGAACAACAUACAAGUUCACCAGGCUUGUUGAAGGUGCAGAAUAUGUGUUCCGUGUGGCUGCUACAAACCGCUUUGGAAUUGGAUCUUACCUGCAGUCUGAGAUUAUAGAAUGCAAGAGCAGAAUUCGUAUCCCUGGCCCUCCUGGCACUCCAGAAGUGUUUGAUGUCUCUCGAGAUGGUAUGACAUUAACUUGGCAUCCUCCAGAUGAUGAUGGUGACUCUCAGAUUACUGGUUAUAUUGUGGAACGCAAAGAAGUUAGAGCAGAUAGAUGGAUUCGUGCAAACAAAGUUCCAGUCACUAUGACUCGUUACCGUUCCACUGGGUUGGUUGAAGGAUUAGAAUACGAACACCGCAUCACAGCAAUCAAUGCAAGAGGUGCUGGGAAACCCAGUCGUCCUUCCAAGUCUGUUGUUGCCAGGGAUCCAAUUGCUCCUCCAGGGAAACCUCAGAAUCCAAGAGUCACUGACACUACAAGAACAUCUGUCUCUCUGGCUUGGAGUCCACCAGAAGAUGAAGGUGGCUCUAAAGUCACCGGCUACUUGAUUGAGAUGCAGAAGAUAGAUCAAUUUGAAUGGACCAAAUGCAAUACCACUCCCACCAAGAUUCGUGAAUACACUUUGACACAUCUACCACAAGGUGCAGAGUACAGAUUCCGCGUGCUAGCCUGUAACGCUGGUGGGCCAGGAGAACCUGCUGAAGUGCCAGGAACGGUCAAAAUUACAGAAAUGCUUGAAUAUCCUGACUUUGAACUUGAUGAAAAAUACCAGGAAGGUCUCAUGGUGAGACAAGGUGGAGUUAUCAGGCUUACAAUACCCAUUAAGGGUAAGCCCAUUCCGGUAUGCAAAUGGACCAAAGAAGGACAUGACAUCAGCAAAAGGGCCAUGAUUGCAACCUCCGAAACUCACACAGAACUUGUGAUCAAAGAUGCAGAAAGAGAAGAUUCUGGCACCUACGAUCUGGCACUUGAAAACAAGUGUGGCAAAAAAGCUGUGUAUAUUAAAGUCAGAGUGAUUGGCAUUCCAAAUCCACCAGAAGGGCCUCUUGAGUAUGAUGAUAUACAAGCUCGUUCUGUCAGAGUAAGCUGGAGACCUCCUACAGAUGAUGGUGGUGCAGAUAUACUAGGUUAUGUUGUUGAGAGACGAGAAGUACCAAAGACUGCCUGGUACACUGUUGAUUCUAGAGUAAAAGGGACAUCUUUGGUGGUGAAAGGUCUAAAAGAAAAUGUGGAAUAUCACUUCCGUGUUUCUGCGGAAAAUCAUUUUGGCAUUAGCAAAUCUCUCAAAUCUGAAGAACCAGCUGUACCAAAGACACCACUGAAUCCUCCGGAGCCUCCAAACAACCCACCUGAAGUGCUUGAUGUCACAAAGAGUUCAGUUAACUUGUCCUGGUCCAGACCUAAAGAUGAUGGUGGUUCUCGUGUAACUGGGUACUACAUUGAACGUAAGGAGACAUCUACAGAAAAAUGGGUCCGGCAUAACAAAACGCAGAUCACUACUACAAUGUACACAGUCACGGGACUUGUUCCAGAUGCUGAAUAUCAGUUCCGUGUUGUUGCUCAAAAUGAAAUUGGUGAAAGUGAAGCAAGUCCUGCUUCUGAACCAGUUGUAUGCAAGGAUCCAUUUGACAAACCAAGCCAACCUGGAGAAAUUGAGAUCACUUCGAUAUCGAAGGACAGCAUUACAAUGGAAUGGGAACGACCUGAAAGUGAUGGUGGCAAAGAGAUCCUUGGAUACUGGGUUGAAUAUCGACAGUCUGGAGAAAGCACCUGGAAAAAAUGCAAUAAAGAACUCAUCAAGGACAGACAGUUUACAGUAGGAGGUUUAUUGGAGGCCACAGAAUAUGAAUUCCGUGUUUUUGCAGAAAAUGAGACUGGCCUCAGCAGACCUCGAAGGACUGCUAUGGCAGUGAAAACUAAAUUAACAUCUGGAGAAGCACCUGCCAUAAGAAAAGAAAUGCAGGAUGUUACAACUAAACUGGGUGAAGCAGCUCAGCUGACAUGCCAGAUUGUUGGGAGACCUCUUCCUGAUAUUAAAUGGUACCGCUUUGGCAAAGAAUUGGUGCAGAGCCGAAAAUACAAAAUGUCAUCUGAUGGACGCAACCAUACACUGACAGUAUUAACAGAUGAACAAGAGGAUGAAGGUCUCUACACUUGUAUGGCUACCAACGAUGUCGGAGAAAUUGAAACUAGUGGCAAGCUAUUGUUACAGGCUCCUCCUCAGUUCCAUCCUGGCUUCCCAUUGAAAGAGAAAUACUAUGCUGGUGCUGGUGGCACUCUCCGCCUUCACGUUGUGUAUAUUGGCCGACCAGUACCAGCAAUAACUUGGUUCCAUAGCAACAAACCUCUGAGAGGAUCCGAAUCAGUUACUAUUGAGAACACAGAGCACUAUACUCAUCUUGCAAUUAAGAAUGUCCAGCACAAAACUCAUGCUGGGAAGUACAAAGUGCAACUCAGUAACACGUUUGGAACAGUUGACACCGUACUUAAUGUGGAAAUACAAGAUAAGCCAGAUAAACCAGAAGGGCCGAUCGUUAUAGAAUCUGUACUAAAGAACUCUGUGGUGAUUAGCUGGAAACCACCAGAGGACGAUGGAGGUGCUAUGAUAACAAAUUACGUCAUAGAGAAACGUGAAGCCAAGGAAGGAGCAGAAUGGGAACUUGUAUCUUCAAGCAUUUCAGGCACAACUUGUAGAAUUGUUAAUCUAACUGAAAACGCAGGCUAUUAUUUCCGUGUUUCUGCUCAGAAUACAUAUGGAAUUAGUGAAGCACUGGAAGUCUCAUCAGUUGUUAUUAUGAAGCCUCCAUUUGAAAAACCGGGACAACCUGGUCAGCCAGUUGCAAGUGCUAUCACAAAAGAUUCUUGUGUUGUCUCAUGGAAGCCACCUGCGAGUGAUGGAGGUGCAAAGAUCAGAACAUACUAUCUUGAGAAGCGUGAGAAGAAACAAAACAAGUGGAUUUCUGUAACAACAGAUGAAAUUCGUGAAACUGUAUUCUCUGUGAAAGACCUUAUUGAAGGCCUUGAAUACGAGUUCCGUGUAAAAUGUGAAAAUCUAGGUGGUGAAAGCGAGUGGAGUGAGGUAUCACAACCAGUCAUUCCAAAAUCUGAUGUACCAAUUCAAGCUCCGCAUUUCAAGGAAGAACUAAGAAACCUGAAUGUGAAAUUUCAAGCUAAUGCCACAUUUGUCUGCAAAGUCACUGGUCAUCCUAAACCAGUCGUCAAAUGGUACAGGCAGGGCAAAGAAAUCAUGCCGGAUGGUGAAAAGAUCAAAAUACAGGAAUUCAAGGGUGGAUACCACCAGCUAAUCAUUACAAAUGUAACAGAUGAUGAUGCCACAGUAUAUCAAGUUAGAGCUACCAAUCAAGGAGGAUCAGUGUCUGGCACUGCCUCUUUGGAUGUUGAAGUUCCUGCAAAGAUUCACUUGCCCAAAAACCUGGAAGGUAUGGGAGCCGUUCAUGCCCUCCGAGGGGAAGUAGUGAGCAUCAAGAUCCCAUUCAGUGGCAAGCCUCCCCCUGUGAUCACAUGGCAGAAGGGACAGGAUCUCAUUGAUACUAAUGGACAUUACCAAGUCAUUGUUACAAGAUCAUUCACAUCUCUUGUUUUCCCAAAUGGUGUUGACAGAAAAGAUGCAGGUUUUUACAUUGUUUGUGCCAAAAACAGAUUUGGAAUUGAUCAAAAAACAGUUGAAUUAGAUGUGGCUGAUGUGCCUGAUCCACCAAGAGGUUUGAAAGUAACAGACAUUUCGAGGGAUUCAGUCAACUUAACCUGGAUUGAACCAGCCACUGAUGGUGGGAGCAGGAUCGUAAACUACAUUAUUGAGAAACGUGCUACAACAGCAGAGCGAUGGAUUCGUGUUGCACAAGCUCGUGAGACACGAUACACAGUAGUGAACCUAUUUGGCAAGACCACCUAUCAGUUCCGUGUAAUUGCAGAAAACAAGUUUGGCCAAAGCCAGCCUUCUGAACCUACUGAUCCAAUUAUAACAAAGGAAGAUAAGACUAGAGUAAUGAACUAUGAUGAAGAGGUUGAUGAAACCAGAGAAGUCACCACAGCUAAAGCUGCUCACUAUUCUACAAAGGAACUCUACGACAAAUACAUGAUUGCAGAAGAGCUUGGACGUGGGCAGUUUGGCAUUGCACACCGCUGUGUUGAGGCAGUUUCAAAGAAGACUUACCUGGCUAAGUUUGUCAAAGUAAAAGGUGCUGACCAAGUUUUGGUAAAGAAAGAAAUUUCUAUUCUAAACAUUGCUAGGCACCGAAAUAUCCUGUAUCUUCACGAAUCGUUUGAGAGUCUUGAAGAAUUGGUCAUGAUCUUUGAAUUCAUUUCGGGAGUCGAUAUCUUUGAAAGAAUCAGCACAGCUUCAUUUGAACUGAAUGAAAGAGAAAUAGUAAGUUAUGUACGCCAGGUCUGUGAUGCACUAGAAUUCUUACAUCGCCACAGCAUUGGACAUUUUGAUAUCAAACCAGACAAUAUUAUUUAUUUCACAAGAAGGAGCUCUGUAGUAAAAAUUGUCGAAUUUGGUCAAGCCAGACAACUGAAGCCUGGAGACAGCUUUAGACUCCAGUUCACUUCACCUGAAUAUUAUGCACCUGAAGUACAUCACCAUGAUCUGGUCAGCACAGCAACUGACAUGUGGUCAGUUGGUGCUCUAACCUACAUACUUCUCAGCGGCAUUAAUCCUUUCAUUGCUGAAACAAAUCAACAAGUUAUUGAAAAUAUUCUAAAUGCUGAAUACAAUUUUGAUGAUGAAGCAUUCAAAGACAUAAGCAUUGAGGCUAUGGACUUCAUCGAUCGCCUGUUAGUAAAGGAAAGAAAAGCUCGAAUGACAGCUGCUGAAGCACUUAAUCACACGUGGCUUAAACAGAAAACAGAGAAGACCAGCACUAAAACCAUCAAGACCUUAAGACACAGGCGUUACUACCACACUCUAGUAAAGAAGGAGUGGAACACAGUUGUGUCAGUAGCCCGUAUUUCCUGUGGAGGUGCAAUUAGAUCUCAGAAAGGUGUAACAGUGGCCAAAGUUAAAGUUGCUCCAAUAGACAUUGGUCCCAUUGCUGGGCAGAUAAACCAUGCUGCUGCAGAAGAAGGAGGGCAUGCCAAAUACGUGUGUAAGAUUGAAAACUAUGAUCAGUCCACACAGGUCACCUGGUACUUCGGUAUGAGGCAACUAGAAAACAGUGAGAAAUAUGAAAUCAAUUAUGAAGAAGGUGUGGCAACAAUGUAUGUCAAAGAUGUUUCUAAAUCAGACGAUGGAACCUACAGAUGCAAGGUUGUAAACGACUACGGUGAAGACAGCUCUUAUGCAGAACUUUUUGUUAAAGGUGUGAGAGAAAUGUCUGAGCACUACAGAUGUAGAGCUGUUAGGAAAGUGAAACGCCGGGUUGAUGCAAUGAGACUCUUAGAGCGUCCACCAGAAUUUACUUUGCCUUUGUAUAAUCGCACUGCAUAUGUUGGAGAAAAUGUCAGGUUUGGUGUAACUAUAACAGUCCACCCAGAACCUCGAUUGACGUGGUUCAAAUCGGGCCAGAGAAUCAAACCUGGUGAUGACGAUAAGUAUACUUUUGAAUCAGACAAAGGUCUUUACCAACUCAUCAUCAAUAAAGUCACUGAAGAGGACGAUGCUGAAUACAGUAUUAUAGCACGCAAUAAAUAUGGGGAAGACAGCUGCAAAGCUAAGCUGACUGUGAUUCCGCAUCCACCUCCAGCAGAUACUACGCUGAGACCAAUGUUUAAAAGGCUGCUGGCCAAUGCUGAAUGCCAAGAAGGCCAAAAUGUCAGUUUUGAGAUCAGGGUAUCUGGUAUACCAAAGCCGACACUGACAUGGGAGAAAGAUGGUCAACCUCUAUCCUUUGGUCCUAACUUUGAUAUAAUUCAUGAAGGUUUAGAUUACUAUGCUUUGCAUAUCAGAGAUACUUUACCAGAAGACAGCGGUUAUUACAGAGUUACUGCUACAAACAGCGCUGGAUCUACAAGCUGCCAGGCUUAUCUAAAAGUCGAACGCCUGAAAUACGUCAAGCGUGAGUACAAGACUGAAGAAGAGCGGGAGAAGCAUGUACAAAGGCAAAUUGACAAGACCUUAAGAAUGGCAGAGAUCCUUUCUGGGGUUGAAGCUGUUCCAUUGACACAAACUGCACAAGAGGCUCUCAGAGAAGCUGCUAUCUUAUACAAACCAGCUGUCAGCACUAAGACUGUCAAAGGUGAAUAUGAAAUCAAGAAAGAAGAAAAGAAGGAAGAAAGAAAACUUCGUAUGCCGUAUGAGGUUCCAGAGCCUCGCAAACAUGUGAGCACUACUCUUGAGGAAGAUCAGACCAUUAAACACUUUGUGCCUCUGUCAGAUAUGAAAUGGUACAAGAGGCUGCGAGACCAGUAUGAAAUGCCAGGAAAACUUGAGAGAACUGUUCAGAAACGCCAGAAACGCAUACGUCUUUCCAGGUGGGAGCAGUUCUACGUGAUGCCACUGCCACGCAUUUCUGAUCAGUAUAAGCCUAAAUGGCGCAUACCAAAGCUAACACAAGAUGAUCUUGAAACUGUGAGACCAGCACGUCGGCGUGCACCGUCUCCAGAUUACGAAUUUUACUACAGACCAAGGAGGCGGUCACUUGGUGAUUUAUCUGAUGAGGAAUUACUCCUGCCUAUUGAGGACUAUUUAGCCAUGAAGAGAACUGAAGAGGAAAGACUGCGCCUCGAAGAAGAGCUCGAGCUAGGCUUUUCUGCUUCCCCACCAAGUAGAAGCCCUCCACGCUUUGAGCUGUCUGCGCUUCGGUACUCGACUGCAGGAACACAGGUCCAGUCAGAGGAAGAAAGAAAGAGAGAGCUGAGGUAUUCCAGCUACCAUAUCCCAACUAAAGCUGACACAAGCGCAAGCUAUGCAGAGCUACGUCAGCGCUAUGACAGAGCUGCCUACAGACCCCCCAAACAAAAGCAAAGAAUAAUGGCUGAAAGAGAGGAUGAAGAACUGCUCCGUCCUGUUGGCGCUACUCAGAGACUCUCUGAGUACAAGAGCGAGCUGGAAUAUAUGGCAGAAGAGGAAAAGAGCAGACUUAGGAGAAGGAGGGAAAGAGAAAUAACUGAGAUCACAUCAGAAGAAGAAGAAGAAAUAGAAAUGGUGCAACAUGUUCACAGGGAAUUUUCACCUCCUUCCAGAUUACUAAGGAGAAGAAGAUCCCUUUCUCCAACUUACAUUGAGUUGAUGCGCCCUGUAUCUGAAUUAAUUAGACCCCGUUCACGACCUCCCGAGGAAAGUGAAAGAAGAUCCCCAACACCAGAGAGAACUCGACCACGUUCACCUAGCCCGGUUUCUACUGAAAGAUCACUCUCUCGGUUUGAAAGGAUGGCAAGAUUUGACAUCUUUUCUCGAUAUGAGUCCAUGAAAUCUGCUUUGAAAACACAGAAAACUAUGGAAAGGAAAUACGAAGUCCUAACUCAACAGCCUUUCACCCUUGACCAUGCUCCUCGCAUCACCCUGAGAAUGCGCUCACACCGUGUGCCAUGUGGCCACAACACCAGGUUUAUUCUGAAUGUCCAGUCAAAGCCAACGGCUGAUGUGAAGUGGUACCACAAUGGUAUUGAGCUCCAGGAGAGCAGUAAGAUACAUUUCUCGAAUACCAGCGGGGUAUUAACACUGGAAAUUCUCGACUGCCAUAUUGAUGACAGUGGAACAUACAGGGCUGUAUGCACAAACUACAAAGGAGAAUGUUCUGAUUAUGCAACCUUAGAUGUUACUGGAGGAGAUUACACUACAUACUCUUCCCAGCGGAGAGAUGAAGAAGUACCAAGGUCAAUUUUACCUGACCUGACAAGAACAGAGGCAUAUGCAGUCUCAUCAUUUAAGAAAGCAUCUGCUACAGAAGCAAGUUCCUCAGUAAGAGAGGUCAAAUCAGAAGUGUCAGCAACAAGAGAGUCACUUCUAUCAUAUGAACACCACGCUUCUUCUGAAGAAAAAAUCACUGCCUCAGAAGAGAAAUCACUGGAAGAAAGGACAGUACGUAAGGCAUUUAAGAGCACUCUGCCAGCAACGAUCCUUACAAAACCGCGGUCAAUCACAGUUUCCGAAGGCGAGACUGCAAGAUUUUCAUGUGACGUUGAUGGUGAACCAGCACCAACAAUAACAUGGGUCCGUGCGGGUCAACCUAUUGUUUCUUCCAGGCGCUUCCAAAUAACACGGACGCAGUACAAAUCUACUUUUGAAAUUUCUUUGGUCCAGAUUUCAGAUGAAGGAAGUUACACUGUUGUGGUGGAAAACUCUGAAGGAAGACAGGAAGCGCACUUCACUUUGACCGUUCAAAGAAAAAGAAUCCCUGAAAAAGCAAUUACAUCACCUCCGAGAGUCAAAUCUCCUGAGCCUCGUGUAAAGUCUCCAGAGCCAGUUAAGUCUCCUAAACGAGUGAAAUCUCCCGAACCCGUCAGUGCCCACCCAAAAGCCAAGUCACCACCUGGAGACAAAACAGCACCAGUGGAGAAAUUACCAACUGCUUCUCCUCCAAAGAUAAAAGAGCAACUGAAAGCAGAAACCCUUGGAGAUAAGGUGAAGUUAUCCUGUGCAGUUGAAAGUAGUGCUUUAAGCGUCAGGGAAGUGGCUUGGUAUAAAGACGGCAAAAAACUGAAAGAAGACCGUCAUUUCAAGUUCCAUUAUGCAGCAGAUGGCACAUACGAGCUCAAAAUCCAUGACCUCACAGAAUCUGACAAAGGAGAAUAUACUUGUGAAAUUAUGGGAGAAGGAGGUAUUUCAAAAACUAGCUUCCAGUUUACCGGCCAAGUAUUUAAAAAUAUCCAUUCCCAGGUACGAAGUGUCUCUGAAACUCAUAAAUCAGCUGAGAAAGGAGAUGAAGUACUUACUGUUUCUACCCACAAGAAAUCAUCAGUGGCAGCUGAAGAAAAAGCAGCAAUUGAAGAAGUCAUUAAAAAGUCAAUUGUUACUGAAGAUGUCAAACAAUUGAAAGCAGAAGUUAGAGCUUCUUCGACUCAAAUGACCGUGUCUGAAGGGCAGAAAGUGACUUUGAAAGCCAACAUUCCUGGUGCCUCUGAGGUAAAAUGGGUGCUAAAUGGAAUGGAGCUAAGAAAUUCAGAUGAUUACAGAUAUGGCAUUUCUGGAAGUGAUCACACACUAACUAUCAAGAAGGCUAGUAAUAAAGAUGAAGGUAUACUCACCUGCGAAGGUAAAACUGACGAAGGUGUUAUGAAAUGCCAGUACGUGCUUACCUUGUCCAAAGAGCGCUCAAACGAACCAGCAUUUAUCAUGCAGCCGAAGUCUCAAAAUGUCAAUGAAGGACAAGACGUGUUGUUCACCUGUGAAGUUUCUGGCGAUCCUUCUCCCGAAAUUGAAUGGCUUAGGAAUAAUCAACCUAUUGCUGUUUCAUCACAUAUGAGAGUGACUCGCUCUAAAAACACUUAUUCUCUUGAGAUUCGGAAUGCUGCAGUGAGUGACACUGGAAAAUACACAGUUAAGGCUAAAAAUUACCACGGGCAAUGCUCUGCUACAGCCUCUUUGACUGUAUUCCCUCUAAUUGAAGAACCUCCAAAGGAGGUAGUAUUGAAGACAAGUGGCGACGCAAGCAUGCACGAAAGUUUUUCUUCUCAAUCCUUUCAAAUGGCUGCUUCUAAACAAGAGGCUUCAUUCAGCAGUUUCAGCAGUAGCAGCAUGACUGAAAUGAAAUUUGCAAGCAUGUCUGCCAAAAGCAUGUCCUCCAUGAAAGAAUCCUUUGUAGAGAUGAGCUCCAGCAGUAUUAUGGGGAAAUCUAGUAUGGCUCAACUGGAAAGUUCAACUAGUAAGAUGCUUAAAUCAGGUGUGAGAGGAGUACCACCAAAAAUUGAAGCUCUGCCAUCUGACAUCAGUAUUGAUGAAGGAAAAGUUCUCACAUUAUCUUGUGCUUUUUCGGGUGAACCUGCUCCUGAAAUAACGUGGUACUGCAGAGGGAGAAAAAUUACCAGUCAGGACCAGCAAGGCAGAUUCCACAUUGAAACUAGUGAAGAUCUAACCACCCUGAUCAUCAUGGAUGUCCAGAAGAAUGACGGUGGAAUUUACACUCUGAAUUUAGGAAAUGAAUUUGGUACCGAUUCUGCCACUGUGAAUAUUAAUAUUCGAUCAAUUUAGAAAGCUUGAUCUGUAUUAUUUACACUUGUCUUUUUACAAGUGAUUAAUAUAUGGACUGAUCUGUAAAUAUUAAAAAAAAAAUAUUUUUGUACCUACCUGAAUGAGACAAAGUCCAGAGAUAUACGUUAUGACUUAUAGUCAUUAUUGACCUAAGAAUUUUAAACACUUUUUUCACUGACAUGUACAUACUGUAUAUAGCCGAAGUUAACGGUUAUGAAGUUUUGUACCAUUUGUUUUACGACAUUUUGAAAUGUAACUUUUGGAAUUAACAGUUGGUAGGAGAAAGUUUCCUGGCAAACGACUAUCCUGCUCAACAUUUAACUAAUUUUUGUGCCUCAACUCAUUGUUGAUGUUUAAGAAUGCCUCAACAGGUAGAGGUGCUCCCUGUUGAAGAUUACCUACCACCAAGAGAGGAUACUGUGCAUAGUAUUUCAUACAUGCACAAAUAAUUAUGUUGAAUCAGAAAUGUAAGGCACUAGUGAUAUUUACAUUUACCCUCCUGUAAGUAUUACUUUAAUGUUUUACAUUGGAUCUGAUUAUGUCAUAAUUUCCAUACCUGACUGACAAUUUCUGAACAAAGUGCAAGCGGCCAGCACUUUGUUCGCCCACUGUUUGGGUGCUGCUUCUGACACACUGACUGCCUGAAUGGCUUUAAAAAAGUAACAUCACCUGGCCAUCCCCAUAAUCAACAAAGCCAUUUAGGUACUCAAGUGCAGCAGCAGUACCAACUCUUGGAGGUUUGUAGGGUGCAGUGAUUGAGUUUGUGUAGUAGUAUUAGACACUUAGUAGUCACUUACAGGCAACUAAGCAGUGAACCACAGUUUGAAAACAAGCUGUUGUUAUAUCAGGUAUUGCCCUGCACUUCAAUUUGCUGUAGUUCUUCUAAUGUAGUAUGAAAUCUAAUUGUUAGAUGUUGAACCUCCUUGAGAUAGAAUUGUUCAUUUAAAAUAAAGCAUGCUUUCUGCACCUUAAA